CGUCUCCUCGGACAUUCCUUCCCUUUCCGGUGGGCGGGGUUUCGCUCCCGGUCGGCUCCGUGAUUCCGAUCCCCAGGAAGAGGGACAGACAGACAGACUGACACAGUCAGACAGACAGACAGGGAGCGAGCUGGGGGGGGCGGCCAUGUUAGCCGCCGGUAUCGCUGUGCGCGGACACUGAGCGGGGAGCCUGCGGUCAGUGUGCAGCCUGGAGCAGCCCGUGUGAGGGCGGGGUGGGGGGCACAGCCCGGUACAUGGACCCCCGGGGCCUGCACCUAUCGGGAGAAUAGGGAGACCACCAUCACCACUGCGCACACAGAGAGAGGCCCCAGCAAUCACCACCACCACUGCGCACACAGAGAGAGGCCCCAGCAAUCACCACCACCAUCACCACUGCGCACACAGAGAGAGAGGCCCCAGCAAUCACCAUCACCAUCACCACUGCGCACACAGAGAGAGAGGCCCCAGCAAUCACCAUCACCACUGCGCACACAGAGAGAGGCCCCAGCAAUCACCACCACCAUCACCACUGCGCACACAUACAGGCAGGGUCCUGGGACACAAGCAGAGGUUGUGAGUGGGGGCCACAUAGGGUCUAGGUUCUCACCUAUAGGCAGAGGCUGUGCGUGGGGGCCACAAGGACCUGGUAUUGACCUAUAGGCAGAGUGGGGGGGGGGCAUGUAGGGACCUGGUAUUGACCUAUAGGCAUAGGCUGUGAUUGGGGGCCACAGGGACCUGGUAUUGACCUAUAGGCUGUGAGUGGGGGCCACAGGGACCUGCUACUCCCCUAGAGGCAGAGCCUGUAAGUGGGGGCCACACAGGGACCUGGUACUCGCCUAUAGGCAGAGGCUGUGAGUGGGGGGCCACACAGGGACCUGGUACUCGCCUAUAGGCAGAGGCUGAAAGUGGGGGCCACACAAGGACCUGGUACUCGCCUAUAGGCAGAGGCUGAAAGUGGGGGCCACACAGGGACCUGGUACUCCCUUAUAGGCAGAGGCUGUAAGUGGGGGCCACACAGCUGGUACUCCCCUAUAGGCAGUGGCUGUGAGUGGGGGCCACACAGGGUCCUGGUAUUCAUACACUGAGAUGUCGGCCAAGGUACGGCUGAAGAAGCUGGAGCAGCUGCUCCUGGAUGGACCCCAGAGGAAUGAAGGAGCCAUAAGUGUGGAGACCUUGCUGGAUGUGCUCAUCUGCCUGUACACGGAGUGCAGCACGUCCACGCUGCGCAGGGAUAAAUAUGUCAGCGAGUUCCUGGAGUGGGGUAAGUGGACAUGGCGCCCUGUGGGGUGUGAGGGAUGGGGUUGUCUUUAUAGAUGGGGGAGGCUUGGUUGAUAAGAUGUUGGUAUAGCCAGCGCUACUGGGAAAAUGGAAUGAUGGAUGAUAUCAGAAAGGUCUUGGCAUGUAGGGUGAGGACAUCAUGGAGACAAGGUAAGGAGCAGGGCACUGGUCCUAGGCAAGCAGGACAUUGUGCUGGCAAGUUGACAAGGAGCAUUCAGGUACAGCACCAGCUUUGGGCAAAUGGAUUAAUGCUUGAUUUGCCAGGGCCACUGUUUUCUUGAGCUCAUAUCACUUAUUCGUGCAGAUGGAGAGAAAUUGAAGGUUGCUGUUCUGCAGGAUUCGUCCAUGACGUUUCAACUUUUCGUUCACACCAUCAGCGUGAAGAAGUGAAAUUUGUUCAGGAAAACAUGGCAACCCUCAGCUGUGUGCUAGCCAUGGACAUGAUGUGCCCCUUAGCACCAUGCUGGUAAUGGGGAGUGGACCAAUAAGACAGUUUAAACUUGGCUGAAUGGUAUAGUGAAUAUCGUAGAUGGAAAUGGAAAAUGGGUCAGUGUCAAUAUGGGGAGAGCAGUUAAGUUCCCCUGAAUUCCAAAAAAGUAACACAAAAUACAUGAGAUUUUGUCAGGUGAAAAACACCAUCCUAGAUUGUAAGCUCAUUUGACAGAACACUCUUCACUUCUUGUUUCUGUUGAUAUUAUUUCAUUUGUUACUUUGCUUUUUUUCCCAUUGUAAAAUUUUAAUGUGAUGUGGAUUAAUGACCCUAUAAAAACGAGUAAUGCUUUAGAAUAUCUGUGCCAAAAACGGCCCACAUGUGGAACACUAUGAUAAUCUAGGAAAGUCUGGCACUUUUUAAGAGAUACAGCGAAAACAGUUUGGCUUCACUGCCGUUAGUGUAGCUCAGCAGUGUCAUGUAAUCUUGAAAAGGUUAUUGUCAGAAGUCAUUGGGCCAGCAGGGUGGAGUCUGAUAAACCAGCCAGGGGCCAGUGAAGGAAAUGGUUUAGUCUACUGGAUGCUGUACUGAAUGCUAAUCUAAUAGGCCUGUGACUAUUACGUAGAGCAGAACACGUGCGCCCAUACUAUUCAAUAUACCUAAUCAGUUUCUCUUUUUUCACAAAUCUUUUCAUAUACCAUCGUGUCUAAUGCAUCAUUGCUCUGAUCAAGAUUUUGUCCUCCUAACAAGAUAAAAAUGGUUCUUGCUGUUUGAAUACAGUUUCUUGGUGUUGUGCUGUACUGAAGAGAUUAGGUCCAGAUGUUAAAAAUGCAUGUUUUUAAAGCAUGGUGAUUGCACUAUUAGUAAAUAAUUUUGUUGGAAGCAUGAUAACAUUUCUUAUUGCUGGUGCUUACUUAUCGUAAAUUAUCAAUUCUAGUCUGAGUGUUAUCUUUGGAGUAAGUUAACACAUCUAUCCUAAUCCAACGAAGCUGGAAUAUCUUGUUUUCUCAAAAAGUGGAUAUCAUAAGGGAAGAUAAAGGAGGUUUUAUGGUUUCUCACUUGGGGUGUGACAAUUAAUUACUCACUGUUGUGGUUACAGUAUUGUUACUGUCUAGUGCACAAUGUGGCAUAUACCAUAUUUGACUUCCUGAUACACUGUGUAUUUGGCAUAUAUUGCAUGUCUAACUUGGGUAAUAUACACAAGUGAACAACCGCUAAAGAGAAAAUAGAUCUAUAAACAGCUGAAUAAACAAACCCAUGACUUGAACCCUCUUAAUAGCAAGGAUUCCUAGGCCAGCCGCUUGUCAGAUUUGAAUAAGAGUGAUUGCAAUUUGCAACUGCCUUUAAAAGGAGCCAUUCAUAUGUAGUCCAAAUGUAGCAUUUUCACUUCAUUUAGGGUUCCGUAUUCAUUCACAUGAUCAUGUUAUACCCAUUUAAGGCAAUCCUACUGGUUUUAUUUUAGUGAUUUAUAAGAAAGUAAUGAUUGUAUUGUGAGGAUUAAACUCAAUGUGGAGUUUCCCAGUUGGUUUUAUUUUUUUUAUAGUAAGUAGAGUACUGUCAAUUCGGCUACUUGGCUAAGCUCAAGAAUCAGAGGGUAUGUGUAGCACAUGACUCUUUUAGUGUACUGUAACAGUGGUUGUCCUUCAGCUUACACAAUCUUUAACCCAAACAUGCCUAAAAGGUACUAUGUUAGUAGCAUCUGAGGCAUUCAGUAUGGGUUUGUUUGUUUUUUACUCUGUAAGACAAACUUAUUUUUUUUUUUCUCUGGUUAAUGUUCUCUACUAAUAAUUUUAUUUACCCCUAAAUAGUUUUUUUUAUUACUUUGUUAAUGUGGUAGUAAUUUCACAGAAAGUGGCAGUGAGUUCUGUAAUAUAUCUAUAACCUUCUGCUGUAAUUGUAUGGACAGCGUCGAUGUCUCUGUAGGUCCUUAUUGCUUUUUGGUAUUUUAUUCUUGUGUAGGGCUGGCAUUGCAAACUCCAUUAACAUAAAUAAGCUGAUCUCUAAUAAAUAUGACAUGUGGUUUGCCAUUCAUGUGAGUCCAUGGUAUCACAUGACCUUUUCCAUGUAUUUCCUCUUCCUGCCCAUCCUGUUUCUGAUGGCAUCCUCUGUUUUGUGGAAUGUGUUUAAGCUUUAUAACUCAGCGGCUGCAUGUAUGACAGCUAGGUCUAUAAAAUAUACUACAGGAAGCCUGUGGUUUAAACACUUUCCUUGCACUAAGUAAUCCCUUAUCUCAGUGCAUACUGGAGAAAACCUAGUAAUGAGAAAUGUAUCUAGAAUGUUUCGUUUUCACAAUACUCAUAUAACUUUGUCUUUUGAAUGCAAUCUUUGCAAUUUGUGACUUAAUGCAGGGCUUGACAAAUUUGCUUGGAAUCUAGGAGCCAGGUUUUUCAAUGUCAAAAAUACAAUUCUAAAAGGGACACUAUAGUCAACAGAACCACUACAGCUCAAUAUGGUUGUUCUGGUGUCAAUAGCCUGUCCCUGCACACUUUUCAUUGUAAACCCUGCCUUUUAAAAUACAGUGUUUACAUUGUAUCCUAGUAACACUUGUAGUGACAGUCACUCAGAUGGCAUCUAGAGGUGCAUCCUGGGUCAGUGCUGCUGCACCUAGGUUCAGCGUCUCCACACUCGGUCUAGAGGUGGUGAACGUUCCCCAUAGAGAUGCAUUGAGUUAAUGCAUCUCUAUGAGGAGAUGCUGAUUGGUGCAGUGCGGCAUGGGGAAGGAAGGCUAGUAAAAAACCCUUUCCCAUGUGAUUCAUGGUGGACGGGUCACCUAAACAGAAACACUCACUGACAGACACACACUCAAUCACCGUCGCUGCAACAAUCACACACAUUUUGUCAUACACAUUCAUGAGACCACCCAACCUCCCUACAUUUUGGACAGCUGCAGUGGUUCGGCUUUCCCUGGGAUCCAUUGGGGCUUCUGAAAUUUCACUGCUCUGCUCUCUAGAGCACUGUUUAGCGAUGCCGAGGCCAGAAUAACUUCUUAUUCCGGCUCCUGGUAUCAAUUGAGGGCGCACAAGGGAGCAGAGCAGGGAGGUUACAGCUCCCUCGCGUGCCUGCCCUUCUGUCUCAAUCUUUCAGGAGUCUCCCGCCUGUGCUUACACCCAUGUCUCCCUCAGCAGGCCGACUGCCCGCAUGCCCAUGCUCUUCAUGAGGCCAACAAAUCACAGGCGUCAGGUCAAAAAUCCUAGUUCCCAUGGUAACCUGGUGCCUAGGAUUUGUUGUGUCCUGACUUAAAGGAAUGCUAUUGUUUUAAAUAGAAACCUGUAUUUCUAAUGCUAUAGUUGCCCUGUCCCUAGUUGGUUCCAGCCCACCUACUUUCCAAUAAAAUCAAUAUAAAUUUAAUAAACGUUUGGGGACUUGAUAUGCUUGCACUGUGAGCGCAUUCAUGCUUCGCUAUAGAAAAGCAUUGUAUUAAGUGCUUUCCUAUGGACUUCCAUGUCAUGUGACAGUUUAUUGCUGUGGAAACGCCUCUAAUUGCUAUCAAGACAUCCACAAAAGAUGGAAUGUGAUGUAAACAUUGCAGUUUUCAAAAAAAUAAAAAAAAUUGCAAUGUUUUACAUUGCAGGAUUAAAGGGACACAGCCACUGCACCCAGACCACAUCAUUGAGAUCAAAUGGUCUGAAUUACGUUAGUGUCCAUUUAACUCGGUGUACAUAGAUUGUCUAGGAAUGCUCUAACUUUGUAAAAAGGCCAGGAUAGUCUCCUCUCUGCAGCCACUCUGUCUUCUGCGAAAUAAUCCAUCACGGUUAUCUAUGUCUAAUACAAUGUUUCUAAUAGAAAAUCAUAGAGGACAUGGAGCGCAUGCACAAUAAUUGCUGCACUCAGAGAGAAGCAUUUCUGUAUUUAUCAUCAUGCUUUGCGUGACGAUGGACACAUUGGCCUUUGUAAAUUGAUGUGUAUCCAGUGCCUUUAAGAUGGCUAGCUGCUAGAGGCAUGUUUUAGGUAAAAUGUAAACGUUGCCAUUUUUCUGAUAAAAGGGGCAGUAUCUGCACCAUAAACACUGUUAAGAUGUAGGACGUUUGGCGUUUUCAUUGUCCCUUCAAUAGUUGAGCAAGGUUCUUUUCUUCUGUAAGAGUUUGAAAUAUUUUGUUUUUUAUGAAAACAGUGUGUGUUUUGGUGUUUGAAUAUAUAUUACUGGUUUAUUUAACUAAAGCCAUGGAUGUAAAUACAGUUAAUGAGUUAAACUGUUAAUGAGAUAAACAUUUAGGAUAGAAGUUGUUUUGGACAGGUUAAUCAAUAAAGUCCGUUGGAAUCCUCUGUCCAAAAAACAAGCCAGAGGCAGGAAAUUUUAUUUCCUGUUUAUAUGGCUAAGAAUAAGUUAUGCUGCUUGGAGCUGGCUGGAAAAAGGAAGGUGUAAACAGAAAUUUCAACUAGAGCUUGCACAUUUAGAAACGUCUACUUUAAAAAAAAUAAAAAAAAUAAAAAUAAUUUUAAUUAAAAGAACUUUGGGUCUUAAUAUUCUCUAGUCCCUAAACAGCCCGUGAGUUUAUUCAUUAAACAAACUAACAUUUGUUAGAAAGCUUGAUGAAAGUAUUUUUAUAUGGAGGUAAGCAGAACCUCUUUACAUAGAGAUUUAUUUAAAAUUUCUCCUUACUUUACAACAUUCAAUUUGUCAGGAUUUUCAUUGUCAUAAUAAAGCUUAAGGGGCAUGUGUGUAUAUGUGCGUAUAAUUGUUGAAUAAUGAAUGAUUGACAAUGAGCUAAGGUGGCGUUCCCCAGUUGCAAGAUAAUGGUUCUGUAUAUUUUAUUUUUCACACUCCACGAAUACAUCUUUGUUAAAUGCAGGAGGGGAUUCAUAAGCAUAAUAUUAAACUUUCUGGGACAUUAUAGUUGCCCUUUAAGAAAGUAGAAACUGCCACUUGAUUAAAAGGGUAGCUAGCAUUUUAGGAAGCAUUGCUGACCAGUUUCUUUAAUCUGAUCAGCCUUGUCUACAAUUUUGUAACCGUUAAAAGUCCCUAAAGUGGCAAGUGCCAGGUGGAGUUAUACCAGUUGCAAAGGCAUUAUCUUAAUUUCCCUGCCCAGUUACCAACACAUUCUGUCUUAUGCAACUUUAAUGCCAUUUCCCAGUGGCUCAUUUUAAAAGGUGUGUGUGUGUGUGUGUGUGCGCACAUUUAAUUUUAUUUAGAAUUUACAUAAUAUCAUGAUUUGCAUAUAAAUUGGACAGUUUUGCUAUAUUCUUCGGAAUUCUUAUUUUCUUUCUGAAGUGCAGCACAUGAAGUGUUAAUAUAAAAUAAAUAAGUUCACUAAUGAGAAAUCCCAAACUGCUUUGAUAAGUUUACAGGCUUCCCUCUUGCAGCCUAUAAAUAUUUCAAGACAGCAUUUUUCAUGUGCUGCCCUUCUGUGCCGUAUAACAUGACUUAUGACUAGGAGAACAAAAGAUUUGACAAUCAUAUUUGCAAAAUGUGCCUAUGUAAACCCCAAACCAAAGACGGUCAAUGAGUAGAUCAUAUUGUUUUUAUUACGUGUCUCUCCAAAGACUCCACAUCUCAGUUCAGCUAUUUUGACCAAACCAUUGCAAUUCUAUUUUGAAUUCCGUACAACUGUGUUUACUGAAUUACUCCAAAAUCAUUAUUCAGUAAAUUCCAUUUUAUAGUGAAUUGGAAUCUGGAUUGCAAAAUUGAGGCCGGGGUAUCUGAUCUGAAAAGAUUCUCCAGUACAGCUAUAAACACGGCUUAGUUAUUUUGGUUUUUCCAUUCAGACUUUAGUUCAAUGCAAGUCUGAAUUCAAGAUGGCUUGAAACCUAGCUCACCUGGAGAUAUUUAGCUGUUUUUACUCUUUUUUUUGGUCUUACUGUCACACUUCCUUGCUAAAUUCUCAAAAGGUCAUCAUUAACAAAUUAUCCUGCCUGAAUUUUUUUCAGUUUGCAAAUUUUGUGGUAGCCCAGGGGUUAAUAAAUAAAAAAAAUGACUUGUAAUAAAUUUGCAGGUGACUUUAAUAUAGUGGUGGUGGUGGUGGUGUUUUUUUUUUUUUUGGUAUGUGUGUUUAUUCAUUUUUGUAGAAAUGCUUCUAUGUGUUGGUUUCAGUAACAAAGAAAAUCAAUAUUUGAAAUGGACGGUGUAGAAUUGUCAAUGUUAUGCAAUAUAGCAUGUGCUAAAUAAAUAUUCACCUCUCAUGAUAUAGUGGGAAAAAACAAAAAAUGUGCCCACGAAAACGGUGUAUUUUGAUGAAAGUAAAGCUUUUUUUUUUUUUUGUAUCAGUGAUAAAACCAGUGAUGUACCGUAAUAUGCAUAUUGUUAUUGAGUUCUAAGCAGUGUUUUAGUGAGUGAAUCUACUGAGGGUCCUGUGUGAGUAAAUUAAUGCAUAGCACACCCAAUGACACUUUGCGUUUUGAACCAAGGUGUUACGAUGCCCAUGCACUCCAUACGCAUUCAUCCUAGACAAGUUAGUUGAAAACAAUUGGAUUGUUUAACGUUUCUUUCAAAUUCCAUAUAAAUCAAAGAAAUGUGUUCAUUAUUAUUUUAUGCACCUAGCAUCAUAUAAUUGCAGUUUGUUGGUGCAAAGUGUGUUGGUUUGCUCUAUCUAGUUGCCAUCUUAAGGAUUUUAUUUCUCUUCAAACCAUGUUUGGUAAUUAAAAUCAGUGUACCUUUUUAUUUUUUUUAUUUUUUUAUUUUUUUAAUAAAUACAUAAAUUCCCUCCCGUAUGAUUCAUAUUGCAUUUGGGAUGUCUUCGGUGGAUGCUUUUAUCCGGAUGUGUCUCUGGAGCCUUUGUGCGUGUCUCUAUGGUAUUUCCCAGCUUGCUCAGGUGUAAUCAAUGUAUGUGUGCAUUCUCGGAGAUAUUGAGUGCUUGUAGGAUUAUUUGGUGCAAAAGAGACCUAAUUAGACAGAGGGGAUACAUUGUCUUGGGUAAUUAAACCUGGAACUUGAUUGAAUUAUUAGUUUUUAUUUGGUGUUAUGGUGGUAUGUAUGGGGGGAAAAUGGCUUAAGAAAGGGAUUUAUUUUCUAAUCACAUCUUAGACAUUCUAAUGUAUGGUGGGUUAGACGACAUUUUGACUAUUUUAUUUUUUAUUGCUGGAUGUUUCCUUGUUUUACCUGUCGAGUAGUGCAUUAGAUUGUAUCUAAUCAUGCUUACAGAAUUGGUGCUAUGCUGACAUUUUAGCAGUGUAUUGUCAGAGUUCAAUACCCGGGACACAGAUGCAGUAUUGCACUGUUGCCAUUUGUUACCUCUGUCUGUAAGUUGCACGUUUGCUGUGUUGCAAAGAGAACGCUGAGAGAGUAGACUUUGUUGACAGGAUUGGCUCGUAUCGUGCUAGUAGAUGAUAGGAACAAAGUGAUAUUGGGGAGAGACAUAUCAAAGUGUCCUACAAAAUAAAAAUGCUGAAAAAAUGUAAAAUGGAAGGAGUCCCCAAUGGAAUGUGCCUGCAGUUUGCAUGGUAAUUGCCCCAAUGUAAAGUACUUUAGAACAGUUUGAUAAAUCUCUGCAUUAGCUCUUCAAUUAAUGCACUACAAUAUGCAACGGGUUUAGCAAAGACACAAAUUAACACCCCGAUAACUCUCUCGUUUUCUAUAUGUAUAACCACCUUUGUUCCAACAUUGAGGAGGAGGUAACAUCAAAAGAAAAGUGUGAAAAAAAACAAAACAAUUGGAGCUAUGCAGGCCUACCUUUGUGAAUUAGCGCAAUCACCGUAGAAACCAGUUGCUAAUGUAGCUUAUAUAGGUUUCUGCUUCACUUUUCGAACCCUGCCAAUGAGGUGCUAAGCAAUAUUUUCUUAGAGAAAAACACAAAUCUAUUGAGGUCUUAAAGGAACUCUCCACUCUCCUGUCUGCUGCCUUUGCAAACCCUCCUGUUCUGACCCUGCCCAGAAUUUGUUGCUGUCCAAUCGCAGACUGCCCAGUUCAGUUCAAUGAGAAUUCUUUGCAAGGCAGGUGCUCUGAGCAAUAUCUGCCUCUUGAGUUUUGCUCCCCUGAGAACCAAACCCGUAAAUAACAGGACAGAUUGUCUGUUUAAAACUAUGGGUGUAGCCAGUUUAAUUGAGAAUCAUGCCAAUUUCUAUUGUAAUCUCCACAUUUUGCAAAAUGGAAAACAAAAUACGACACUCUAAACACAAAGCUUUUCAGCAGCAAAAGUGCAUAAGGCGUCUGGAGUGUGCCUUUCAAAGCUAACAUCAUGGAGGAUACCUGAGAUAAUUGAGUUUGGCCAGUUAAUUGAAAUGGUUUUCUUUUCAGUAUAAAUUGACUACAGCUGAAAUAGUUUUUUGUUUUUUUUUAAUAUUUAAUAAGCCUAAUGCAUUCUAAGUGCAGAGCACUUUAGUGGUUAGGGUCACACAAAUAUACCGGUAUGUUGUCUGUAUAUAAUGAUUUGUGCAUUCAGGCAUUGAAUCCUGUAAUGCAUGACAGGGACUCCAAUCCCAAGACAAUACUGGGUCCCCUCAUACACCAGAUUAGUGGACAGAUCCAGAUAGGUAAAAAAAGAUGGAGACAGGAAGAGUUACGAGACAAAUAUUCAGAUAUUUAUGCAGUAUCGAUCAAGGAUGUUAUCAGGGUCUUCAUUUAUUUUGCCGUUUUGGGUGCUUGUGUUGUGGAUAAUGUUUAUUAUAGGAACACACCAAACACCAUAACCACUGCAUCACUCCCACAAUUGUAAGUAUAAUACUUUCAGGGCUGUUAUUCACUACAAUGACUAUUCAAAGUUGACUUUCAAAUUUUAAGUUUAAUGUAACCAAACUGGAAAAACCCUCGAAAGUCAACUACAAUGUGCUUCCAGUUUAGCAAUUUGGCCAUAAAAGUGAAAUUCAUUUUUAAUUCUCACUUGAGUAAAUAACUCUGUUAGAUGUCUUUCUCUGGUAACUGCUACCUUCCUCCACUACUGCAGACAGAGAGCCAGAAGGUACUAAAAAGAAGACAGGGGGCGGCUGUAUGGGGUAUGGUGGUUGGUGCGUUCCUUUAAAUAUUCAGCAUCCAGUUGCAGUCAGUAAGAGCAAUUAAACAUUCUCUGAAGUUGGUAGCAAUGUAGGACAUGCAAGGCCUUUGGCAGCUAGAAGUUGGCACAACAUAUAUUUUCGCUUCCUGUAAUUGUAAAAGCUGGAUUUGCUUGGUUUGCCUAUGAGAAUUGUUCGUUUUGAACAUUGUAGCAGUGGUUGUCAGUAAUGAUGCAACCAAUUGUAGGAAGCCAGAUUUACAUCUGAUUAAUCUAUUAUAUUGGCAUGCUAACACGUAAAGGAAAACUGAUCACUUUGCAUUAAAACUGAUCACUUUGCAUUAAAUAUCUAUUUUCAAAACUUAUCCUUGCCAACCUUAAUUCUGUGUGGUAGGCUUUCUUUAAGUCCCCUUUUACUAAAAAGCGCAGCUUAUCCAUCCAAAUACUACUCCUGUUAUUAAGAGCUAGUUGGUGUUCAAAAACACUGAAAUAAUGACAGGGCAUCUAAAAAAUAUAAUCUGGAUGUUUCAGACUUUCAUAUUGUGCUUGGUGUUAGCAGGUGAAGCUGUUUUUCUGACUAAAGAUGGCUGGCCGCACUGCAAGUGUAAGGAAAUUGCAUAGGAAGAGUUAAAGGGACACUCCAGGCACCCAGACCACUUCUGCCCAUUGGAGUGGUCUGGGUGCCAACUCCCACUACCCUUAACUCUGCAAGUGUAAUUAUUGCAGUUUUCAUAAACUGCACUAUUUACCUUGCAGGGUUAACUCCUCCUCUAGUGGCUGUCUACUAGAGGGCACUUCCGUGUUUAUAGCACAUGAAAAGUGUGCUAUAGCGUUGCUGGACGUCCUCACGCAUCGCUGAAAUCCCCAUAUGAAUUGCCACGCAUGCGUAUUAGGUCUCCCCCUGCCGGGGCCGCGCAUGCUCAGUAGGUCUCCCCCGCCAGAUGAUGUCGGAGGGGGAGGGGCGGACCCGGACCCAGCGCCGAAGGACAUUGGCGCUGGAUACAGGUAAGUCACUGAAGGGGUUUUAACCCCCUCAGCAAUUUGGGAUGAGGGGUGGGAGGGAGAGAGUUAACCUGUUUCUCUAAACAAACAGAGCUGAGUUUAAUAUUCAUUGGGUGGGAGUUGUGAGGACUUUCAGCCACUCUGCGCUUGUCUUAAACAGGUCACUAGUGCAGUAAUGGCUGCCAAGUAUCUAGUGGAAAAAUUCUGUGUAUGCAACUAUUUGUUGCAUGUACCAUGUGUUUUUUUUCCUGGACUUUGCUCACCAAAUAAUGGAAAUAAAAAUUAAAUAAAGAAUUUUAAAAUAAUACGUUCUACAGCUUUUAGUUGGCUAUAAAAUGAAAAUCACAGUGAGAAGCACGCAAGCGCCUCUAGCGGCUGUCAACGAGACAGCCACUAGAGGCUGGAUUAACCCUAAUAUAAACAUAGCAGUUUCUCUGAAACUGCUAUGUUUAUAGAAAAAAAGGUUAAACCUAGCUGGACCAGGCACCCAGACCACUUCAUUAAGCUGAAGUGGUCUGGGUGCCUAUAGUGGUCCUUUAAGUAGAAAUAAAAAGAUAAAUGUACGUACAUUUAUAUAUUUUUUAAAACACCCUCCUUUUCGAAAAAAAUAUUCUUUAAUUGCGUGAAAACUGGUGGGCGGUAAGGAAAUUUUUUCAACCAAAAAGAUGCAUUAGUGGGCAGUAGGUAGAAAAAGGUUGACUACCACUGGUCUAGCUAUACCAAUUCAUACCAACAGUGGGAACUGUGAUUGGCUGAAAGCGGUCAGCAGACACACUCAACCAAUCACAACCACCUAUUGCUGCUUAGGCUAAUGCAUCUUCAGCCCAAAUCGCACAGAUGGAAAAGAGCUGCUGGGGACGCUUUUAGUGUUAAACUAUUAAAAGCAGUAUAAUACUAUACUACACUAUAACCACUUCAGUUAAACAAAGCAGUUAGAGUCACCCUUUAUUGCUUGAUGAGAUGCAGACAUGUCCUUAUAAUUUCCCUCAGUAGCUGAUGUAUGUUUUGUCUGUUCAGUUACAUUGUCUCUUGUUUGGAGGAUGGUUGUAAAAUACAGUGGUUUCAUAUAUUAUUUUCACAGGAUUUUCAAAAAAAACAAAAAAGGGGGGGUGCGGGGGGGAACAGUUGAAAAGAGAACCAGCAACCAGUUUUAAUCUUGUUCUUGUUUUUUUGUAGUUAAUUAUUUUAGCAUUGUAUUUCCUUUGGGGGGGGAAAAAAAUAUAUUUUAAAUUGUGUUUUCUGUCUACAUUUUCAUGUUUUUUUUGUGUUAACUUAUUUCUGCUAAUCAUUUUAUUUUUUAUUCUUGCUCUAUGUAGUUUUAUAUUCUCCCUUUUUGUUUUAUCCUAUAUCAUGGGCAACAGACAAAAUAAGCAGGUGUAGAAAAUCAAAUUUAACACUUCAUGCAAUUUUAUUGAUUUUUUUUUUUUUCAAUUUUAAUUUGUUUAGUUUCGAUGCUGCUGACAUUGUACCAUAAACCAGUAAAACGGAUAUAGAUUUUCCUUAAAUUUGAACUUUCAUGUUGCUAUUUGAGGUUUUAUGAUGCGUUUAGCUUGCUAAAGGAACAUUGAUAGUUACAUGGUUUUGUCAGACAACUAUUUAAAUGUGUUAAAAUCAGUUGUCUUUGGCCAACUGAACAUAUUAAUGUGAAUCACAUAUUAGAGUAAUAUUCGCCCCUCAUGCAAAUGGCUUAUUUUCUUAUGAUUCUCUCAGCAUAACUAUGUUAAGUCAUGUUCAAUUUCCUGGUAAAUUAUAACAGUAGUUUUUCUAGAAUAGGUAUCAUGGGAAAGGUGAUUUGCAUGAAAUGCCCUUCUUGUGCCAUUUUAAGACAUAGCUUAUCAGUGAAACUAUAUUAUAUUAAUUUAACCUUCAAGUAUAUAAGCACAGAACCAAAUAUACAAAUAAACGUGAACGUUCUUUAUUUGCUGAAUUCAGAAAUACUCCACAAUUGUGACUAUCGUAGGCUUAUUUUGCUCAAAUGGACAUCAUCUUUUCAAUGAUUCUGUUUAUACUUUAAAAGGAAGAAUAUCUCUUAAAAUGAUUUUGUGAAAUCAAGAAUGUGCUCCUAUAAUGAACUACUAGCACCUUUGUGUUUUUUUUUUUUUUUUUUGUGUAUUGACUUUUUUGUUUUUGGCUCCUAAUUAGUUGGUUUGGCUUCUAAUUUCUUUGUAUGAAUUAGUCUAGCUCCAAAGAAUGUAGACCGUGGGGGUAUUGGUCAUAUUCAUUUUAGAUUUAUUAUAACAUCGUUUGUGGUUGUUCUGCAUAACGUUUUGCUCUGUGUUUUGUUUAAUACUGAAUACUCGGUCACUUCUCUGUAAAGUACACUAUUAAAUAAAAACAUUAUAAUUCACCUAUAACUUUUUUUUUUUUUUUCAUGUGGUUAUUUUCUUUUUAAAUGUAUAUUAAAUAUUUAGGAAGUAAUAUCACUAUGCGAUUCAGUUUGGGCAUAAUCCGUGCAAAUGAGGAGGAGAACAGAAUCUUUGUUACUCUUUCUCCUCUUCUAUUAAUUAUGUUGAGAGGCAGAAAAGGGAAAAAUGUAUAAAAAUAACUGAUUGGGAGCAAAUACGGAAGGCACCCGGCUCUAAGAUAGAUGUGUGGAUGUCUUCGUUUUUCAUCCAGAUAUCCUAAGAACAUAAUAAAUGUGAUGAACUGGGUAUUAUAAAUCCCGAGGUGUUACAGUCGUUCUUUAAAUGUAACUGCUUGUCUCUCCAUUAAACAGUUCUGCUACCUCCACCUUUUCUAGACGUGUUAAUAAGAAACCAUGCGUAUUCAAUAUGCACCUUGUCCAACUGCAUGUGCUGCUGAGUUUGUCUGCUCCUUAUUAAACAAUAAAUGUCAAAGGUUUGCUUCCACCAAAGUGAUUGCUUCCUUUUCCUGUUUGUCAUACUUCCUGGGAAAUCUCCUUACAAAUUGCACAACUAGAGACGGAGAGAAUGCAUUCCAGAACAUUGGGCCAAUCAGCAUUUUGUGUGGGUAGAAAUGCAACUAACCCAUAACAGCAUAUUUAAAUAUUUAGGAGGCUCUGAUUUCUAGAGGUAGGAAUCCGAAAGUCCCUCUAAGUCUUAGACAUCUGGUAGACAGGUCGAUGUUCUUAUUGAGGAAUAAUCAAUUAUGUCAUGCCAUAAGUCAAGGAUCCCUGUAACAAAUCAAGAUUUUAUGGUACUCCUGCAAUGAUUUCAUCAUAAUGAGAUUUAGUUUUAAGAACAUUAAAAAUAAAUCGUCUACUUUAAUUUAAAGUAAAAUAAGCUGAAACAAUUGUUUCCAUAUCCCUUGUUUGAUGUGGUAUAUUUUGAUUGCCAAUAGGUAAUUUAUUUUAAAUAAAAUAAAGUAAAGAAAAAUAUAUGCAUGAGUGUGUUUAAAGGCACAGUUCUUAAAACUGGAAUAUGUAUAAAAUGCUUCCUGAAAAGAGACAGAAUAGAAUUUGAUGAAAAUAAUUUUUUGAUGCCCCAUUAAUUCCUUUUUGCACAAUUAUUUUUGUUUGCAUCUUUAUAAUGCAUUAAAAGAUGAAUCAGUUACAGCGGGAGUGACCCUUAAAGGGACACUCCAGUGCCAGGAAAACACUCCCCUCUCCCUCCCACCCCCCAUCCCAGGUUGCUGAAGGGGUUUAAACCCCUUCAGUGACUUACUGGAGUCCAGCACCGAUGUCCCUUCGGCGCUGGUCCAGGGUCCGCCCACACUCCUCCCCCGCCAACGUCAUCCGGCAGGGGAGACCGAUUGCGCAUGCGCGGCCGCCGACGGGGUGAGACCACAUGCGCGGCAAUGCCGCACACGCGCAUUCAACCUCCCCAUAGGAAAGCAUUGAAAAAUGCUUUCAAUGCUUCCCCAUGGGGAUUUUAGAAAGCUUGAGGUCCUCACAUAGCGUGAGGACGUCCAGUGACGCUAUAGCACAGAAAAUCUGUGCUAGAAACCCGGAACUGCCCUCUAGACAGCCACUAGAGGAGGAGUUAACCCUGCAAGGUAAAUAUUACAGUUUAUGAAAAGUGCAAUAUUUACAGUUGCAGUGUUAAGGGUUAUGGGAGUUGGCACCCAGACCACUCCAAUGGGCCACUCCUUGUGCCUUUUAAAGGAACACUGUAGGUGUCCUCCCCAAAAUCCUUUUAUUUAACUGAUUAGAAGGCUUGGAAGCGUGGCUUCAAGCCCCGACUCCAACCCCUCUGUGUAUGGGUAUGAGAGCACACAUGCGCAAUGCCGUCACGGUGGGCCAAAGAGAAUCAUUGACCACAAUGAUUCUAUAUGAAGGAAUCUUAGUAGUGUUGUGGCAAAUGCCAUGCAUGUCCCUACAUUCCCCAGUCAUCCUCUAUGAGGAACAUUGGAUUGGCCUGUCAUCCAGGAGGCACACCAUCAGCCUCCUGGACACCGCAACCUGAGGAGGAGAAAAGGUGAGUAAUUUAGGUAUUUUAAAUUCUUUCAGACUUUUUGGGUAUCUUGGUUAGGAUAAGAUUAUAGGAAUUAUAUCUGGAUCCUAUAGUGUACCUACUCGCAUAAAGGUGCACUCCAUACACCUAAAGCAACUCCCCCCCCAUAUACCCUGAAGGAAAAAAUGCAGAAAACAAAUGCAUGUAUUUUUCUAUGGGGGUAUAUUUACUAAAUUGUUAGAAUAAAUCACUGCAGUGUUACCUUAAUGUAAGGAAACAUUGCAGCAAAGAAAGAUGUAGAAAAUGGCAUAUUUUCCUUGCAUGAAUAGACAGUCUUUUUAUUUAUUGCUGUUAUAGAAUAAUGUAAAUUGCAAUGGCGGAGGAGCCACUUUCAUUAUUGCACAUCAGCUAGAAUCUGAAAGUGCAGUGGUCUCUUAUCUGCAAUGGAAUCAUGAUUGUGCUUUUUUGCAGCGUAAAGGAAUGCUAUAGUGUUGGGAAUACAAAGCGAGGUGCCUGUAAUGUCCCUUUAAGGGUUAAUGAUUGAUUAAUACUGUAUAUUCUUGUGACCCUUUUUGGGGGAAUACUCUCUAAGCAGCAAUGGCUGUAAUAUAUUACAUUAAAAUGUUUAGUGGAUUUUAUAAUGCAUUAUCCACAGAAACCAAAGGAAGUCACUUAUGGAGAGAGCACACAUUUAACUUUCUCGCCUUCUGCUAAAAUGAACCAUAGACAAGUAAAGCACUCCCGAGUACAGCUGCAUGCAUGUGUGUAUUGGGUUACUGUAACAAAUCAGUUUAAAACCCGUGAGGGUUUAGCUACUGACCAGCUCCUGUCAGCAGAAGACAAAAUUGUAUUAACAGCAAGCCUUUAACAUUGGUAGCAGGCAGUCAUGUAUGGUGCUUGUCAAUGCAAUCCACUUAGGUGCUAUAAACCUCUAGUCAGCUCAAGAACUUGGGGGUGUGGUCACAGUGGUUCUUUAAGACAACCCAGAAUCUUCCUGGAAUGAUUCUGGAAUGGCACCAUUCUGGUCCUUGCUUUUACAACACAGGACUUUCUUGUCCAAGUCUCUUUAAAGCCAUAAAGAGUGCAGAUUAAAGGGAAACUGUUGUGCUUGGAAUACGUUUUGUCUCUUUCCUGAUCCAAAUGCCGAUGGUGGGGGAUAAAAAAUGCUCAUGCACAGCGAGCGCUGUGAUCAGUUAGGCCUUUACCAUAGGAAAGCAUUGAAUCAAUGCUUUCCUAUGUGGCUUUAGCUGACGCAAAGCGUGAGGAUGUCCAGUGUCAGUAGACCAAAAGUUCCCUAAGGACUCGAAAGCACCUCUCGUGGCUGUCUGGUAGACAGACACUAGAGGUGGAGUUUACCCUGUAAUGUAAUUAUUGCUGUUUCUCAAUAACUGCAAUAAUUACAAUUACAGGGUUAAGAGGACAGGGCCACAGCACCCAGAUCACUUUAAUGAGAUGAAGUGCGCUGGGUGCCUAUAGUGUCCCUUUAAAUGUAGCACCAUUUGUUUAUUGACAUGUAAGAAGUAGUGUUCUGCUAACAAAACAUUUUUUUUCUAGUGUUCUAACAUCUUAUUAUAUAUUAAGUAAUCAUCUCUUUAAAAUGUUUAGUCUGAUUGCAAUAGGAGUGAAACCAUUUUCACCAAUUGUUACACUUCAAACCCAAUGAAUUAUUUUUUAAAAAAAUUUUUUUAAAUGUAGUGUUAUGUGAUAGGUGUGCCUCCCUUGCAGCGUUCACCCACAGUGAGUGUGUGUAUUUUUGGGUUUGUGUAGAGGGGAUGUAGUUGAGGAAAUACUUGAUGCACAGGUCUGUACUAUGGUAUAAUGACCGGGAAAGAGAGGAAACCAGAAAAAAAUUCUCCAUGUGCAGCUGCUGCAUAGGAAGCAAACAGGAUGCCGACACGUUUUACCAGGAAGUGGCUGUGUCUAACUUUAAAAUGAAUUGAACACUAGUGAUGGCAUGCGAAGUGUUCAGGCUGACAAUUAUUUGUAGAAUGGCGAAACCACAUCAGUAUGUUCCAAUCAUUUGUGUAGAUCUAGAUGUGUCCCUUGUAUAUGUUCAAUUUACUUAUGUGGAUAUAUGUAUAUAUAUAUAUAUAUAUAUAUAUAUAUCUCGUAAUGUGUAAGUACAGUGCAAGGCAUGUGGAUAAUUUUAAGCAGCCCUUCAUCAUGCUGUGGUUAUGGUGCGAGGAGUGUUCUGGCACAAGCUUCCUACCCUUCAGUUAGCUCACCUGAGCUAAGGCCUCAUUGGCUGAGCGCGUCAGCUGAUCGCUUUGUCAGUGAGCUAAGCAUUGCACGGCAGGACUUGGCUCAGGCAGGUAGCUUCUGGUUCUAUUUGAGACUGUAGUGGAUGCAGGUAGCAGCAACUAAUGGACCAGAGUAAGAUGUCAAACUUUCACAAAACAAUCUUACUACUUGUGAUGAAUGAGUGGCUAUACUAUUGGCACCAUAACCACUACAGCGCUUUGUGUUCCUUUAACUAUUAUAAUGCUGGACUUGGGGAAUUUGAUUCCUAAAUCAAGCUGAAACCUUUUAUGUUUCCACUGUGUAGAUCACUGGUAAUGAAUACCUCUCCAGCUUCUCUGCUUCAGACUGUAUCCAGGGAUGGGGUGAUUGAUUGGCGUUAAACUUUUUAUCUGUGUUAGAGUAUUUUCUAAGUCUGUGCAGAUUUACAGCAUUUUAUUUAAGCUAAGGAUGAGCACUAAGGAGCACACAUUCCUACAAGUGCUCCACAAACAUGUUUGUCACACGCUUAACAAUAAAACUUCACCCCUCCUUCGAUUUCAAUGUUGUAUACCAUAGCAGGGUGUGCCUGAAAUGUACAUGUCAUCUAUUGACAUUUAAAGAGUAGAAUGGCCAGACUGUUCAGCCACACCCACGACAUGAGGAAAUUAAGAUCAGAAAAUGUUUUCUCAUAAUUGUAUUAUUGGUGUAGGAGACGCAUCAGAGGGCAUAUAAAGCGUAAGUCUAAUGUUAAAAAAAAAAAAAAAAAAAAAUCACAGGUAACUAAGGGCCCAUGACGCUAUGAAUUCUGACACAAAUAAAGAAAAGCGUGCACGUGUUCAUUGAUAUCUUGUAGCUGCAGAAAAAAAUCCCCUGUUGACUUUCCCUUUUAAAAGUUAAGUAUAGCUGGUUGAAAAAGGACUGUAAUAAAUAUUUAAAGUUUACUGUCAAAUUGCGUGAGCACUUCAGAGUAUUCUUUUUGUAAGGGAUUAAAGGAACACUAUAGCGUUAGAUAUACAAAGAGUACCAUAGUUAACUUGCGUGUUCUCCCUUUCAGCGCCCGUCUGUGCUGGGGAGCUUCGAUAAAGAAAGCACUGGGAGGCUAGUGCAAAGUGUAUGUACGGCAUAUACCACAGCCAUCAUGCUGCAGGGUUAAUACCACUUUAUGAAGAUGAAGUAUUCUGGGUGCCUGUAGUUUCCCUUUAAGAACGAGCGUUGCAGAUAUAAAGCUUUAAUCCUUUCUUGCUCCCUUUAUACGUAGGACACAUUUGCUGGAUAUUUUAAUCUCUAGACAACAAAGUAUUCCCAUUGUUUCAGUUUGCCCCGCAUCAAAUUUGUAAUACCUUCCUGUUUUGUGGAAUUGGCAGCAAAACCUAUUGCAGCAGUUAUGCCACCCUCGCUGGGUGCAUAGUAUAAUGUUUAGACCAAACCUUUUAAAGAGAUGUUCUAAGCACCAUAACCACUGCAGUGGGCUGUAGCCCUUGAUAUCCACCUGUGGGAAAUAGUAAAGCUAUUUUUAAAAAGGUUUGACACUUACCUGGGUUACCCAGGUGACUGAGGACUAGCAUCUAUCCAUCUUAAAGGAACAGUCCACUGCCCAAAUACAAACUUAAUAAAAAUCACUGUUUAGUAGAUAUGACUUUUAAUUAUGCAUUUAUUUUCAUUGGGGGUAAAUCUAAAAACCGCUUGCAAAACCUGCAAAUCUUUUGUCAGCAGCCUUUGCAAACCCUCUCCCUCUAACCCGCCCAGACUUUCUGUUGCUGUCCAAUCACAGACUUCAAUGCAGCUCAAUGAGUAGUCUUUGCAAGGUGGGUGCUGUGGUGCAAUUCAUUUUUAAUGUCCCUCACAAAGUCUUAUUCUAAAAUAUGCAUGUAAAAUCUUCCAUUAAAUUGCUGGAACUUUAAGGUGUCAAUUGACCUGUGCUAAUGUGUUAAACUGGGGAUAAUGUUUUCCCUUUCUAUUUAUCCUAUUAUACUGAGGGCUGCUGGGGAUGGUUGUAUCUCCAUGUCUGCAUUACUGAAAAACUUAAUUUGGAAAUCAAUAGCAGAUGGUACUUUUUUAUACGAUUAUAUCAUCUCAAGUCAUGCUAGAUGGAAUUCUUCGUUCUUUUACUAAUUUAGCUGUGCAUUUCCCAUAUCAACGCCCUCCUACACACUUCCGUGAUGGUGAAAAGACCUUCUGCAAACUGGGAAUAUCUUGUCCAGAGACCUUGUGCUCCUCUCUGUAACAUAGGAAUUGUUGGUGAAAGGAGACACUGCUAGUGCCAGUCCAGGGUUGUUCACUAUGCCAUCCUAGUGUUUUUACUUUGUUUAGAUCUGAAAGUCGAAAUGAAUCGGGUAGCCUGUAAAGCUGGGUUUGAUAGUUCAGUUAUUUAAUUUUUUUUUUUUAAUUGGAAUGUUCCCUAAACUGUAGAUUACUAAGACCGCUUUUUAAAAAUGUUUUUUUUUUUAAAAAACACUGAUGGUGUUUAAAUAAAUUAAACUAUAUUCCAACACCAGGAGAGUAUCCUCACUGCAGCUCUGCGCCUCCUCCUGUGUUGGCAUUAUUACUGAUGCCUUGCAUCCAUUAUUAUUGUUAUUAUUAGUAUGUAUAUAGAGCCCACUAAUUCCGCAGCGCUUUACAAUAUUAUGAAAGCGGGGGACAUUUACAAUACAUGGAUGAGGGCCCUGCUGAAACGAGCUUACAGUCUAAAGGGGGUGGGGUACAAAUACACAACAGGGCAGCAAGGUUUUCAACCACCAAACAAGGUGGAAAAGUAUCAGAGCUGGAGGUGAGAGUGGAAUGUGACUCUUAAGGAGAGCAAGAGACAGAUGUUUCUCAUAGUGAAGCAUUGGCACUCACCAGCAAUGCAUUGCAUAGAGAAGCACUCACUCCUGCCUUGAACUAUAGCUCAAAGAAAGUAAGUAGGGCAACCAUUCCGGAUGUCUGUGUUACGAAUGGGAUUUAUAAAAGUACUGAUUUCUCUUGAAAUGAGUCUGAGUGUCUAUGGGUGAAACUGUCCAACUUUUGGCAGCUUUGCUAGUAAAACCCGUUCCCAGUGCUAGUUGGCAUCCAGGCUCCGACAGGUUUGCACUUGAUAAGCAGUGCAGCUGAGGAGAGCCCCAAUUUUGUCAAAGGAGCACUCAUAAACUUGUUGUACUAUAACCACUUAAAUAGCUGUAGUGGUUAUGGUGCUCAGAGUGCACAUUUUUUCUUUUUCAAUUCUUUGUUUAAAGGACCACAAAAACAAUGACGCUUAAAUCAAUGGCAAAGUGUACGAUCAGCCGUCCCAUCCAGUUUUAGCAGGAAGAGAAAAUAAAUGUAAGAAACAAAAACCAGAUAGAUCACAGUAAGAAUUUAGAUACCUGCACGCCAUUGAUUAUAUAUGCCGACAACAAUAACUUGAACCUUUCUUUGCUCAUAUAACAAGGUAUCAAAGAUAUUUCGCAUCAUACGGAUGUGGAGAGUGCAUCUUUAAUGUUUGAGCUCCCAGAUAUUCAGUGCAAUAUGCUGUAUUAGCUGUUACAUUUAUACUGCUGUGAUUUAAAUGUAAAUGUUUUGUAAAUUCCCCCCCCCCCCGUGAUAAGUGAAUAUUUCCAUAAGUGCAGUGGUCUGUAUAGCGUCUGCACUGGGUAUAAUGAUAUGUGUGUGUAUAAGCCAUUUCAGGCAAUUUUCUAAUGUGUGUCUGUUUCAUAUCCAUAGCAAAACCGUUUACAAAUCUGCUAAAAGGAAUGCAGCUUCAUAGGGAAGACUUUGAAAUCAUAAAAGUUAUCGGAAGGGGGGCGUUUGGAGAGGUAAGAGGCAUUAUUUCAUUAUCUUUUGUAUUCUAAAACUUUUUUUUUUUUUUUUUGCAUACCAAUAAGUAGUCCUCAAUGUCUGCAUGCAAUUCAUAAUUUAAAGGGAACUUAUCAUGUUUUAAAUUUAUAAGAGCACUCAAGGCCAAAAAAAUAAAUCCAAUCCCUGUGAUGAAUGAAGUCGGACACUAUCUUCCUUUUGAUGGGAUUUUGAAAGCAGCGCGUCAUUUCACAUACUAAUGCUUUUCAGAGUACUUCUCGUGUUGCGUUCUCUGCCAUCACCUGUUCACUAAACAAGCCCAGAUUUAACCUUAAAGAGGAAACGUCUUUUCUUCCUGCACCGCUGAAUAAUGAUUUAAAAUCCCCAUUCUGGACAUUUACUUCUUUUGUAAGGCUGUUAAGGCACAGUUUGGCAUAAUGUAAAUCAGUUGCCUUGCAUGUACUUCAUAGAAGAAAUGUGCAGACGAACAUGCAUUAUGGUAAUAUGGUGGCAGAAUAUAGCACAUAUUGACAAGAUGUUAAUACUGGCACAAGUGCAACAAAGACAUGUGUUUUAUAUGCACUAUGGCUGCAUAUUGCACCUCUUCCAUUGUGUUGAUUGGGGCAAAAGAAUCCAAACUGUCAGCAACUCAAAGUCUUGUUAGUUAUCUAGCACUGCUCAUUGGAUACACAAAUAUCUAUCCAUCCUGUUUUACUUUUACUUCUGUGGUUAGUUGUUAUCUUGUUAAAGUGGCACUGUCAUGCCGAACUUACCUUUCUUUUAUCAAUUCCUCUCCUCUCCCUCUGUCAGGACCUGUUCUUCAUUUUUUUCCUGUCUGCUCUAGUUUUCUUUAAAACAUAAGAUAAAGUAGGGACUACUUUGUUUUAUGUAGGUUUCCUACGCCUGACCAUCUGUGUACUUUGUUUCCGGUGAUCAAAGCAAUUUUCCCACAAGUCUUACCUUUCCUCCGUGAUCUCGCAGCUGCUUAGUAGAUAGCUCCCUAAUUCCCACGGGACCAAUUUAGGUCUUUCAGCCUUUUGGUAGAUAGCUCUCUAAUACCGUGGGAAUUAGGGAGCUAUCUAGUAAGCAGCUGCAAGAUGCAGCCGCAGUAAGAAUAGGAAUUGCGUCCUGCAUAAUAAGCUUGUAAACAUUAUUGAACCAAAAAAGCAAAUAGCACUUGCACUCAGUCACACAUUAGGUGCAGGUAUCUGGGUCACCUCUAAAGACUUAAAAUCAAAUAAUAAAAAAUACCAAAAUGUUAAAGUUAGUUUAUUGAUACAGCAUAGUAAUAUAGGAAAGAAUGCUGAUCUCUCUUCUGUAAAGAUAAGCGUAUAUCACAAUUCAAAUGGGUAGUCCACCAUAGUUAAAGUGCUAAGUGCCAAAUCACCAUAAAUACUAUAACCAUGUACAACUAGUCUAAAGUGCAAACAAUUACAAAUCUACAAUACUGCCUGCCAACAAUCCUAUGCAAAAAGCAGAUUACUUGGUUAAAUAGAGGGCACACAGGUAUCAGUGAUCUGUGAGACACAGUUCUUGAGGUAUGCUCUAAGAGUAUAGUGAUCUGUCCCAAUCCUGAAUAUGUUAUUGUAAAUUAUAGGUUUGUUCUGCACUUUAACUAUGGUCGACUAGCCAUUUGAAUUGUGAUAUACGCUUAUCUUUACAUAGGAGAGAUCAGCAUUCUUUCCUAUAUUACUAUGUUGUGUCAAUAAACUUUUUAAACAAAUUUUCUGUAAGCUUGAGUGCGGUAUCAUUCUGCUAUUUUGAUGUAAACAUUAUUGUUGUCUGUUUCUUUAAGAAAACAGUUUGCCCAAGUACUUGACUCGGUGGCGUAGGAUAGACCGAGACAGACACAUGCAGCUGAUGCCACUCGGGGAAAGCUUGAAAUUGAGCAUUAUAAAUUAGUAAACCAAGCCAUCCAUACUGGGUAAUAACAAGCCUGCAGUUUGAUGAUCUAUGGUUAGCCACACUAAGCACUGCCAUGGUCGAUCUUCUUGGCUGCCUGUAGAAGCACUCGAGGUGGGGGACUCGGAUGAUGCUUUGCUGUUCGUCCGUCUUGAGACCUGGUCUCCCUGACAAUAUUAAUUUGCAAUCCGAUAACCUUUAAUACUCUAGUAUAUACAAGCCUUUUGGAAUAAGAAAAGCGUCUCCGAAGUACAAACAUUUGUGUCACUUGCGGGUUGUGUAGUGACUUAAAGAGCAAACUUAUUUUUUUUUACAAAAAUUGCAGAAUUCACCUGUUUUUUUUUUUGUUUUUUUUUAACGAGCACUUUAAGCAAUUUUAUUACCAUAGCUACUUUUUCUCUCGAAUACGUUUCCGAAUGCUUACCUUGUGCUUUCUGCCUUGAAUGUGGCCAUUGAUUUAUAGAUGAUCAGCCUACCACAAAUAUCUAUUUACUAUUCCAUUGCCUUCGCAACCUGUGUGGACUAAGGCACAUUUACAUGAGAGAAAUAUCCAAGUCACGCCGUCAGCAUGUUAUAAACGUCACAUUUAAUUGAAGCGUCACUCAGUAGACAUACAUUCUUCUAGACGAAUUUAGCUUCAAUGAAUUUCAAACAGUUGCACCUCGGUAAAACCACUGAAUAAUUGCAUACUGAGAUAGCCUUGCAAUUACAAAUGCUUUCUGUCUUUUCUACUGUAAUUUCAACACCAUUUGUUUGUGUGUCCAUGGCUUCACAACCACAUACAUUGGCCUAGUAAGUUGUCAAGGUAGAUUGAUGAGUACACAAUGCAAAAUAGUACAGGAUAUUACACUUUAACCUAUGCCUAGGGAUCUAGAUGCCACUGACUCUGGGAGCUGGAAGGGAGGCUGCCGCUAUGCUGUUUGUCCGAUCUGUAAAAUACUGGCUAAGUGGCUAUGUAGUAACACUGUAGUGCCACAUUAUGUGUUAGCUUGCAAUAGAUUUUAAUAUAUCACUAAUGUAGAAUUACUAGAAGCAGGUGUCACUGCUAUGCCAAACACGAGAGUGGAGGGAGUUUAAACUAGUGUUGUAAGUUGGUAUUUAUGGUUUUUUUUUUUGUUUUUUUUCCCUGUCAACUUUUUCUAUUUUUUUUUUAUGGUACUGCUUUUAAAGUGUGCAUGCAGCAAGAAAUUUAAAGUGACACAUCCAAGACUUUGUUUUGGAUGUUAAGUGACUGGUGUAGUGGAUACACACUAUAUGAUGACAUCUUCACAAUCUGCAAGGAGCAUGUAGAUUGUAUAUAUUUAGAAACAUUUUUUUAAGUUUAAACAAUAUGGUAUUAUAACUCUUCUGAUAAGAAAGAGAUGGUGCCACUGCUGCUGGCCAAUCCCUUUGAACCAAGCGUAUAAAUAUUGAAGUUAUUGUCUUCUCGUUUACAGGACCUUGCAUUCUCCCUGAAUUUAUUUCUCGUUUGUCUAUAAUCAUAUUUGUGUUGACUGUAGGCUUUUUGUCUCUCCAUAUCUGUAACCUUUUUAUUGUAAGUGUAGUACCUUCUUGUGCCUUGUACAUUUGUACGCAAGGUAAAGGGCUACAGGCUUUGCUUUGUCCUAUCUCAGCAUCCUGUACUUCGCACCCGAAUGCAUUUGUGACAUGUUGUCAAGUGUAAAUAUCGCUACUUAUUUUCAGAAUAGUCAAAUAUUUUGUCAAUCGGUGUUGUGUACGAUGAAUCUUAAUGUUGAAGGUAUGCAUGCACGUUACACUCCCACCACAAGAUUAUCUUCAUCAGUUCUGUACAUUUAAUAAUAACCUCACUAGUAUUAUAUUAAAGUUAAAUUCUCGCAAAAUCCUUAUUAGUAACUAAAAUGAUCAGUGGGUUUUGCCAUUUUAUUAUUGUUUUUAAAUCUAUUAUCUAUCAUAGUAUGAAUGGCUGUCCUAUCACAGCCAACACAUACUAUGCACUGAAUUGUCCAUACGCGUUGCUGCAGCUGUGUAUAUGAACAGCAUUAUGGAAUGACAAGGUGCAGCUGUCUGAAUGUACAUGAGCACACCUGCAGCAUCUUUUGGGAGUGCUGCAGAGGUAAGUGUUUCUUUUUUUACUAACUUACCUCUAUUGCAUUAUUCGUUGGCAGCAUUUACUGGGGUGAGGGAAUGAGGGUCUGUCGUAUCUGACAGAUUUUAGUUUUAUUUAUUUUUUUUGUUUUAGUUUUUUUUAUUUAAUUUUUUUUUUAGAAAGCUUUUCUCCACAGUCAAUAUAAGGUUGUAGGAAAAGAAAUAUACUAAAGAUUUCCUUUUAGUAUUGGGAGUUGAGCAUCAUUACUGCAGUCCUUAUUAUUGCAAAACAAUUUAAUUCUGUAAUAAGAUUUCCAUUGUUUUUUUUUUUUGGUUUUUUUUUUCUAGGUUGCAGUGGUUCGAAUGAAAAGUACAGAACGGAUUUAUGCCAUGAAAAUCCUGAACAAAUGGGAAAUGCUAAAAAGAGCAGAAGUAAGUGCCCCCUAUUACUCAAGAAAUGUGAGAUUUUUUUUGUUUUUAAUUUUUUUAAAGAAAAAAAAAAUUACUUCUCUUUCCUGCACCUCAAAAUCUCUGAAGCUUUAGGGAGUGAUUCAUGGAAAGCAUUGACCUAUUUUGUGACAGUUACCCUUCCAGGCAUAGUCUAUGUACACAUUGUCACUUAUGGUCUGUCCUAGUUUUGAUGGAGAGGCUGCCUGUUCAUUCUAUUUCCAGCUCCGACUGAGCACACAUCGGGUUCAUUCUAAAUGUCUUGAACUUUAGGAGGGGGUAUGCCUUUUCUGUUUCAGUGGAGAAAUGUAAAAAAUAAUAAAAAUGUGAGAAACCUGCUUGAAAAGAUAUAUAUAAUAUGUGUGUGUGUGUGUGUGUGUGUGUGUGUGUGUGUCUAUAUAUAUAUAUAUAUAUAUAUAUAUAUAUAUAUAUAUAUAUAUAUAUAUAUAUAUAUAUAUAUAUAUAUAUAUAUUUGGUCUAGACAGUAUUGGGGCUAAGAUGUACAAGAUUGCCUGUGGAAUCAGUCUUUGCGACUUGAUUCCACUAACAGCCCAGCUUAUGAGUUGCCUGCAGUGCAUUCUGGUUAAUACACCUAUGAGCUGCGUGCUAGGUUAGAUUAAAUAAAAACUGAAAUAGUUUUUGGUUGGCAAAUUGUAUAUCAGCAAGAGCUGCAAGUUUGACAUUUGGCUCACUUUGAUGCAGAACGCUAAUGGCACAGAUUGGGCUCGUAGUAAUUUGUACCUAAAAUAAUCGGUCUGAUUGUAUUCUUUCCGUCUUUGUUUCUUGCCAUCCAGACAGCUUGUUUUCGAGAGGAGAGAAAUGUGCUGGUAAAUGGCGAUUGUCAGUGGAUUACCGCCUUACACUAUGCUUUCCAAGAUGAAAACUACUUGGUACGUUUCAUUAUAUUUUAUGUAUUUUGGUCAAUUAAAGAGACACUGCCUAUUAUCGAAUUUUGGCAUAAAGCUAGUGGCUAAUGGAAAGUUAGAUAGGGUUUGUGCUGAUCAUGUUGUGUUUUUUUAUUUUUUUAUUUCUCCUGUUAAGUUGUCUUUAAAAUUACAUCUUGUGCAACACAGCCACGUGGUGUAACCCGUUGCGGGUGCAUGCGCAUGUAAAGCCAUAUGGCAGCAUUUCCCAAACAAACAUGCAGCAUUUUCCAAGCAAAUAGUUAAGUGCACCCAAUGUGCAAGAGAAGGAAAGAUCUGCUGCAGAAGUGUGUUAUGUACUUCCCUUCGCUGCACAAUUUAGUAGCGUUUACUGUACUGAAGUGACCGUUCCUCUCUGCAGUGUUUGAGCAAGUGGCAGCAGGUAAGUUUUAAUGUAACUGCUUCCAAAGCAUAGAAAUGUAUGAUUUAUCACCACAAUAAAUCACAUCUUUACUGCUUCGGAGGUGUUGUAUUUUAAAGUGAACCUGUCAUGACAGAUUAACUGUAAGAGGAACUACCACUUCUCGGAAUUUUGAUGGUUCCUCAUUGCCUUAACCCAGUAAAUGCUAUUAAACUCUUAUUGGGAUGAGGAGUGCAGCCUAGAUAAGUAUAAAACAAGCCAAUAUGUGUUCCAGGCAAUGUACUAACCCCAUGAUGCUCAGGGCAAAUUAUUAGAAAAUGUCAUACAAGCACCCACUUACUCCAGCAUUACUUAAACAGUGAUAUCACGCGGCGCAGAUUGAUUUAAAUUUGUCUACAUUGUACGUUGCAACAAUGACUUUGUCACAUUACAUUUUAUUAAAAUUUAGCAAACUGACAAGUUUCUUAGCAUUGUUGUUGUCGUCCCCCUUCUUUUUGCUGUUCUGUAAAAUUCAAUAAUUCCAUAAACUUGUGUUGCAUUUAAGGGACCAUGUAGUCAUUUCAUCUAUGUGAGUUGGUUAUAGUGCCUGGAGUCCACGUUCAAGCAGUUUAACAAUAAAUAAGGGUCCCUGGCCACCCACAAUGUGGCUAAGGAAGAUAUUACUGGGGACUCUAUUUUAGUAUUAAAACAUAAAAACACGAAUAAUAAGAUGAAGCAGAUAUGGUGCCUACAGUGUCCCUUUAAAAGAGAAACCAAGCAACAAAUAACCAGGAAUACUUGCUUUUCUUUUCAUUUUAUGUGUAGUACCUGGUCAUGGAUUAUUACGUAGGAGGGGACCUAUUAACGCUUCUCAGUAAAUUUGAAGACCGGCUCCCUGAAGAUAUGUCGAGGUUUUAUCUCGCAGAAAUGGUGCUUGCUAUACAUUCCAUUCAUCAACUGCAUUAUGUGCACAGGUAACCAUCCAUUUAUUCUUUCCACUCACAUAACAUUGAGCAAGCCUCAAUGUUUUGUUUUGUUUUUUAGAAAGAAUUUGAGCAAUACUAUUCAUAUAAUCUCACAUGUUAAAAUUAGUUGGGGUAUAUUGGGGACUCUAUGGUAUGGCCAUAACCACAUAUUUUUUUUUUUGUUGAGAUAGGUGUUUUUAAAUAACCUCUAGAAAUUUGGAACCGUGUUUCAUAUGUUAACACUGAUUCCAUUUUAUGUCUCGUGCAUGAAUUUAAAGAAUCUUAAAUAUUGCUGCUUUUUUCAUUUUAAAUUUUUUUUUUUUUUAUGAUUGCCUGUCUUGCUCCCAAAUCAAACACAUGCUGUUUGUCACUGAUUCGAUCUAUACAUAAGAGUUCUACCAUCAGAUUUGUAAUGGUACCUAAGGUUAUAUCUCAUAGGCGGUGAGAUUUAUAUGUAAUUAAACAAUUUCUAGGUAAUUAAAUGAUCCCAUUUAUCAAUUUAAAUUCAAGUCUAGCCUGCCCCUGAAUGAGAUCACUGUCAGCCAGACAUAGUUCAUGAAGAGGCACAGAAAAUCUUUCCAGUGGUUUUUGUGUGUUUUUCCUCUAUGAAAUGCUGAUGAGUGUGGGUGAGGCAAGAUUUCCUGGCAGUAACGUGAAACUGGUGUGUGGCAGGUAUUGUGCUUCCUCGUUAUUUACCAGCAGAGAUUUAUCACGGCUUCUGACAUACAUUCCUAAUAAAACACAAUGCAGACAUCUUAAAGAGACAGCCAAGCCUCGUUUUAGAAGCAGUUACAUUGUGUUCUAAGCAAGAAAUAAAGCUCUGACUGCCUUUACUAUAGCGAAACACUUUUCGAACACUAAGGAACACUGAAAAUAUAAAAUUGCAAAGAUACGUUCAGAUUGCCCUGGCACAGCAAACAUGUUUUCUUUUUACAUAUUACGUACAUGUUCAUGAAUGCAAUGUAAGUACAUCAAUAAUUCACUAUUUAAAGUGAUGUUAAGUUUGGUUUCUCUAGGCUGAAGUUGGGGGUAGGGAGGGGAGUGUGCCAUAAACGUGUGUUUUUCUUCUUCAAAAGCCUGUUAUAGAUUUAUUUCAUUAGGAUUGGCAUGUAAUGGCUAUUAUUGUAUGCGUUUUACCGUCCAUUUAGGAUACUCACAACAUCCAUAACUAGGAGUUUUACACAAAGUAUGUCAGCUAUUUACAUUGAUGUAUUGGGUAUCGGUAAUGACUCCCAUAUGUCUGGUUACAUCCGAUAAAUGAAUGGACUGCUUGCUGCUAAAACCGUUACCAUCAUCCUAUAGGAUUCCGUUUAUUUGAUAUAGUUUAGAUGUCUCUUGUGUUUUCAGGCAGUAAGGCCUGCUGCCAGUGAUACUGCUCACCCACCAUACAACACUGCUGUGGGCUAGUUGUUGUAUAAUCAAUUCAUGAUAGCCCAUGGCGACAUAUUGUAGGAAUAAAUUACAUUUCUGUUCAGAAUACUUGCAUUCAUCCCAAGGGUAUGUUAUUUUGCCAGAUUAAAUUACUAUAAAUUCUCUUUAGUUUAUAGCUGUUUAUAUAUCAUUAUAACAUUAUUAUUAUUAUUAUUAUUGGCAUUUAUAUAGAAGUAAAGAAAUCACAAGAGACGAGUGGUAAUGAAUUACAGGGGGAGACUGAAAUGUAAACACAGAGAUCUCAUAGAGGUGAACCUUUCUUAAAGUGUUACCUUUCAAUAGACGUGCAGGUCUUUGUGGAUGUAGUGUAGGCCAAUGCUGUGGAAGGGAUUGUUCUGAAACAUUUUCGUGGGUUUUCCAUUCUUCAAAUAAACGGUGUUUGUUAGUUUUUUUUUUUGUUUUUUGUGUUAAAACAUCCAAGACUUUUCUAGUCUAGAGUAUACCCGUAGGUAUAAAUCCAUAACAUAUUAAUUUGUUGUCUUUUAAUUUAUAAACUCUUAUUAGAAUGAAAAAAGUGUAACUAUAACUUUGUUGGGGGGUUGUUAGUAUAAAUGGAAUGUAUUUGUUUGUUUAUUUUAUUUUUUACUACAUUGACAUACUGCAUCUGGCACUGUUAUUGCCCUUCUGCGGUGAAAUUCAUUUCUGCAACGGUGCUAUAUUUUAUUCUCAUCCCACAUAAAAAUAAUCUAGAUGUAAUGCUAAGAAAACUCAUGGCAAAGCAAUUCUACAGACACUCAUUUCAAGCAAUGUUUACGUUAAAAUCAGAUUGUCGUCCCCCCUUGGUAUACAUGUAUUAAUCAAGUCUAAAUAUACAAUCUCUCUGCCAAGGAAUGCUAUAUUUACAUGAAAUAUACAAAUCGUUUUUUUUUUCUUAUUAUCAAGGGGAAUACCAAUGCUGUAGACAAACUGCAUUUCACACUAGUAAAUAAUACUAUUGCAGAGUAAUAUAAUGAUAUAGAAUUGUAGAAACAAUUUUUCAGUUACUGCGUCUGAGCCAGUUUUUCAUGUUCCCUAUAGUUUUCAUUAGUAUGUUCUAAUGUUUAAUAUAAUAAUUUAGGAAUAUUUAAUGGUCUACUAUAGAAAUUAUAUUUGGAACCAGUAAAUGAAAACUAGUUUGAGAUGUGAGUGGGAAGCUGUUAAAAGCAUUGUUAUUGCAGACAUAUAAUCAGGUGUGAAUGCAUGCUAGUUGAGUCUGUCUGCCAGAACUGAGCUGUUAAAAUGAUUUGUGUAUACCAGGCUUCCUCAAAUUCCGUCCCUCCAGAUGUUGCUGAAUUACAACUCCCAUGAUUUUAGGAAUGAAAUAGGCUGAGAAACAUGGGAGUUGUAGUUCAGAAACAUCUGGAGGGCCGGAGUUUGGGGAAACCUGGUGUAUAGGCUGAAAUGUCCAGUGAUUGUUUUGAAGUAUGCACUGGUGUUGCAAUUUACAAAGGUCGUCUCAACCCUAGAUCUUGUAAAUGAAGUCUGUUUGAAGCAUGUGUCAAACAGUUAAAUCAGGACACUUGUUAUUUCUGCACUAACUUGCCAUUGGACAUGGCAAGACCUCCAGUGUAUCUUGCUGGCCACCCUGACACGUGCCAAUCUUUAAGAUUUCUUGAGCACAAAAACGGCUGUUCUGUUAACGUCAUGUCAUAGUGUCAUUGGAUACCUCUUUAAAUGUAAAUGAAGUUUAUUUCAAAAACUGUUUACAAUUAUUUUCUUUUCAUGAGCCACGCUUAUUUAUUUUAAAAAUACCUUUGCCGUUCCUGUCUUUGUUUUACAUUUCUUCUUAUCAUAAUAGCGUUGCUUUCUAUGCAUGGCGCUGUUUUAUUCAUGGGGGCGAGCAGGGUGUUUGCUCAGACGAGCAUGCUAUAGAAUGCAGAUGUGCACAGCCACUCACUGUUGAUUGUUUCUUUGCAGAGAUAUAAAGCCAGAUAAUGUUCUCUUGGACAUGAACGGCCACAUCCGCCUCGCUGAUUUCGGAUCAUGUUUAAAGAUGAACGAUGAUGGAACCGUAAGUACUGACUGUUUUAUGCUUCUGCAUUGAUCUGCAUGCAUUAUACAUAUUUUUGUAGCAGUGUGGCUUUCAGCGUAACGAAAUGCAGCAAGUAGUGUAAAAACUGUAUUUCAAAUGCAGAGUAAGCGGAGAAGGUAUUAUUAGGCUGUGGCUAAGUGGAGGGACUGAGCACCCCCUUUUGGCCAGCAGGACUAGUACACUGUCUUGUUUGUGUUCUAAAGUUCGUCAGCUUUGCAGGACAGGGAUCAGCCCUUCUCGUUACACGUAUUUACUUCACAUUGCCGCAUCAGCAGUAAUGCAUUUGGUACUAUAUAUGCUACAAAUAUUUUUAUACGUGUGUUUUUACUAGCAAGAUCACCCAGCAUUUUCCUCAUUGCUUCCUUCGGUGGGGGAAUUGGGAGAUCUUUAGAUCACAAAUAGUUUGGGAACAGACCGUAUAAGCAAAAAGGAAAGGGGGGUGGGGGGGAGGGGGUUGGAAAGCAUUAAAACAACCAUAAAAAGAUGUUUGCUGCAAUACGACAUAUUUUUUUUCUUUUCUCUGUAAAUGUUUAUUGCAUGGUUUCUUUUUAAAUGAAAGAUAAAGGAACCAUGAUUACAAUUCAUCACAAACAUGCCCUCCAUCUAUGAGCUCCCUCCUGUGCUGCAAAGUGUGUGUGUGCAGCGUUUUAAGCUAGAAAUACAUAAAAAAUGCAAUAGAAAAUGUUUAUUUGACAUGGCAUUUAUAAAAUGGAAAGAGGUACACUUUAAUAUACAAUACAGAAUAUAAAAUAAUUGGGGACUUGGCCUGACUACCAAGCAAGACGUGCGCCAUCUCACAGAGCUCCAAUGACCAUUUAUAAAUCUAUGUAUAUGUUCAAGUGAAGAUGUUUUGUGCAUUUCCCCGGUAAUCUUGUUGCAACUGUUAUUUAUUUAUUUGCGUGUGUCUGAGGCCUGAGUAACCCUAUUCUGGGAUUUUGCAGUUGAAUUGGUAGCCAUAUGCACAGAUUUUAAUGGUAUAGUACAGGUACUGCUUUUACUAGAGCUCUGACCUUCCCAUUAUCGUCCAUUGAUCUCACCACUAGACCCUCUUCAUUAAAUCCCUUAGGCACUAUGCCUGCUCCCUCUAAUGCACGUUUAUUACCACACCUGUGUUUGCUUACCCAGCAAGCCAUGCAGCAGGACUCACCCUCACUCCAGGCUUUAAACUCACGUUUUUCCUAUUCAUAGUUUACCCCGCCCUGGUUAGGAAUAAACUGAUGUAUCUUACCCGACCAUCAUGAGGAGGCCUUAAUGGGUCUCCUUCAAAUUUGGGAGCUCCCUCUUCCUACAGCCUUUCCUUCUACUUUACACUUCAGGCUUUGUGGCCCAGCUCCCUGGUGAUAUGUAACUUAUAUAGCCGUCUUGUGGUUUUUCUUACAGCAUUUUACCAUUUUAUUAUAGUUUCCGCAUCUGAUAUAGUUACAAAUGUGUUAAGUUUCUUACUCUUCUAUGAUCAGAGAAUAUUGUGCUUGUCUGCUUGUGUCUGAAUGUACAUGUGUAGCUGGCACUGUUUGUCUUUGUGUGUCAGAGUAUAACCUUGUAGGGGGUGAAUAUGUUUGUCUCUGAGAGAGUAUCUAUGAUUCCAGGAAGGCCUGCAAAAAAGGGCUUUGUAAAGGGCUUUGUUAAUAUCCAGAAUUAAAAGAAAAUAUAACGUGUUAAUGACAGGUUGUUUUAUUGCAAUCCUCUUCAGUAAUUUCUGUCAUUUAAUUUUCUCCUUGCUUUUUGUUAAGGUGCAAUCCUCGGUAGCUGUUGGGACACCUGACUACAUUUCCCCUGAGAUUCUGCAAGCUAUGGAGGACGGAAUGGGGAAGUAUGGACCAGAGUGUGACUGGUGGUCGUUGGGUGUCUGCAUGUAUGAAAUGUUAUACGGGGAAACCCCUUUCUACGCAGAGUCUCUUGUGGAAACGUAUGGAAAGAUCAUGAAUCAUGAAGUGAGUAUUUUUCGGUGCCUUAAGAGGCGUUGGAUUGUUUGCACCCGAGCUAGAGAAAGUACUGUUUUUUGUUUGUUUGUUUUCCGUCUUUACAAAGUUCUUUUGUGCUUUAAAAAAAAAAACUUUUAUUUAUACACUAGACAGUGCAGCAAAACGGAUUUUAUGUCAGAGCAGGUGUAUUGUACUAGAUUACAAAUAUUGCUGUGUAAAAUCUAAAUAGGAGUUUUCAUUGCAAAUGCUUGUUUUUAAACUAUCAUUCGACACUGGUUUUUCCAUCCGGCUUAAUGUUUGACAUAGAUUAGGCCUUUACUACAUACAUAGUACUGGGGAGAUUUGUUUUUCUGCUCCAUAUAAAAUAAAUACAAUAUAAAUCCAUUGACUUAUACAGCAGUUGCACUCGCCUAUAUGAAGAAUGGACUUGUUAACCAGGUCUGAACUACAUCCACCUUUUUUGUAACAUAAAAUCAGAAUAGAGACUACUGAUUAGUUUAGCCUCUUCCUGGUUUGAGAAGGGAAGGCUCUCUGCUGCCACUGCUUGUUUGUGCAAGCAUGGCAGCUGUCGCAGGUACUUCAAAGGUUAGUUUUCUAACAACCAAAGAAAACAUUUUGUAUAGUUAUUUUUUGUGUGUGUGUGCGCGCAUGAUCUGUAAGAUGCAUUUUUACUGAAAAACAAAAAAUAAAGUGGCUCCCUUGUGUGCAAAGACUGAAAAGAAAAACGAAAUAUAUAAAAUUCUAUCAUAAAGAAUUAAAUGCUAAUGGACCUCUUCAACAUGUAAUCUAUUUUUUUAAUUUAUUUUUUAACUCAAAGUAAAAAUUAGGUGGCAAUUUUCUUCUAACUUAGGUUUUUUACGUGUUGAGCACAUAGCCAAACACCUCCCCCUCUUGCCUGUUAAUAACUGUAAUAAUUCAAGUGUUGAUGGAUAGCUUGCACUUUCUCCUCCACAAUUAGACCAUUUCAGAGAUCAGUAAUUACACUGGACUUUAUUUUUUAUUAGAUUUGUAUGAAACGUCAACUUAUGUCCUGCAAUUAAAGAUUGGUUUCCACUUAUGGCCGUUACAAAUUGAAGCUUUAUUUAGAAAGGCAGGAGGGUUUAGCUGUGUGCUUUACUGCUUUCCUAAACCUGUACUAUUUUGAGAUUGUUGGGCAGGAACGAUCAGAGAAUGAAAUAUAUUGCAAACCCAUACAUAGUCCAGGAUAGGAGACCCACUUUGAAAAUGUGCUGGUUUAUGGAUGUGUAAGAUAACUGGACCUUUGAGAGGGGGGAAGCAAAGAUGGCCUGAACUGAUCUUACUUAAAGGAAUCACUGUUGUGGUACUCACUGUUAGUUACCACAAUCCUCGCCCUCGGACAGUGCCCCUACUUGUUAGGCUGGAAAUUAUCACAGGGUCUUAGAGACCCUUCUCUUCUGCUGGACAUAUAGGAUCAGGAACACAUGUUUAUUAUUAGUGUUAAAAAAAUUUCGGUGGGCAUCCCCCCUUUAAUACCCAUAAAAAUGUAUAUUGCUCACCUUUAUUCCAGCGCCACGCAAGUCUACCAGCACUGGCCCUGCCGCAGAUCCGCCUCCUUGGCUGACAUCAUCAAUUCUCACUAAAAUUAGGUUGGACGAGAUCGUCACUUCUGAUGAUUCCAGCCAAAGUGGUGGGCCAAGGAUGGAGCCAAAUCAAUGAAUCUCUAUGGGGAAAACUCAGCAUCUCCACGCAGAGCGUGGCGACACUAAAUGUCAGUGCUGCACACUGAGCAGCACUGCCCCAGGAAGUACCAUCUGAGAAGUGGCUACUGGAGGUGUCCCUAUGCUGUAAUGUAAACACUGCCUAUUCUCUGAAAAAGUGUUUACUGCAAAAAGCCUGCAGGGACUGAUUAGAUUCACCAGAACAACUACAUUAAGCUGUAGUUGUUAUGGUGACUAUUGCGUCCCUUUAAUCAUUGUUUUACCCCUAAAAAGAUUUUCUUUAUUACUUCAGCCCCUUUACCCUCUUAACUGGCUGUAGAGCCACAGGUUGUGUAAAUAAACUCCUGCUACCGUGAGACCAUGGCUUGUCAAGGCUAUAUGAUUAGACUUGCCAGGAAAUGCCGUAUGCAUGUUUGUUGACAAGACCGCAAUUGUAAAUUUUCUUUCCUUGUCAAUACUUAAUGUACUAAAAAAAAGUUCCUUAUUGCAGUGUAAGAUCAUUUGUUCUGGCUUCUGCAAUUUAAAAAGAGCUCUGCUGCCAUUAGAAGUGAUUACAAACUGUAAUUUCAUUUUCUCUGGGCAGUACUUAUUGAAGAUAGGCAACGGCUCAUUCUCCAUUAAAAAAAACACUUGGAAAGACGCACCAGGUGGGAGAUGUCAGGGAACUCCAGGAACCAUAAUCACUUUAGCAAGCUACAGUGGUUAUGGUUCUCUGAGUGUUACUAGUUUUCUUAUAACAUGUAAUUUAUUUUUUUUUCUUGCUUUUUAUUCUAGGAAAGGUUUCAGUUUCCCUCGCAUAUUGCCGAUGUAUCUGAAUUUGCCAAGGAUCUUAUCCAGAGGCUAAUCUGCAGCAGGGAGCGCAGAUUAGGACAGAAUGGAAUCGAUGACUUUAAAACACACCCUUUUUUCGAAGGAAUCGAUUGGGAAAAUAUCAGGAACCUGGAAGCACCUUACAUUCCUGACGUCAGCAGUCCUUCGGAUACUUCAAACUUUGACGUUGAUGAUGACAUCCUUAGAAACCCUGUAAGAUUUUUUUAUUAUUAAUGCCUGUACUUUAAUCUACUGGAAUAAUCAUAUUAAGUGAACGGUGUGAAGUUUCGAUAGCUGCCCGACUGGUCUAUUUACAUUUUCAUAGAAAUUGCGGUGCGGUUUACCAUCUUGAAGUGUACCGUAUCAAACUUUUAUUCUUUAAGGCAAAUAUUGGACUUGAAUUAAAUUUUUUAUUUAAUAUGCUACUAUAAAUAUCAGCUACAUUAAAAUAUAUUUGGUAUACGUAAAUGAGGCAUGGUGCCAAAGUGUUUUAAUUUCUAGUCCUCCACUGACCCUUUCUUCCUUUUUAGUAGCAUAAAAAUCUUUGCGACUUUUAAUUCCUUUCUCAUUGACCUUCUCAAGGCGCCAUUAUUAUUCUACAGCAAACUCCGUUUUGCACGUUCUUUCACAUAUUUUUGAGUCUUCCAAAUAUAUAUACAGUAUAAUAAUAAAUCAUAAGAUUAGUAACGAGCAGUCUAUAAAAUUAUUAAUAUAACGUGGAAAAAAAAAUUAAGAUAAAAUAAUAUGGGGUGAAAAUAAUAAGAAAAAUAAAUGAUAAAAUAAUUUCACAUGUACAAUCAUCCAAAAAAGGUUACAUAUUCAGUUCUGCGCAUUCUUUUUGCAUUUUUCACUGUCUGAUUUAGUCCAAUAUAAUAAUGCUGUAUUUUAAGAGCUUAGUUAGGCUGGCGGAACUUUGUACAGUCAGUCUUUAAAUCUCUUGUCUUUGAUUGGCUCUAAUAACACUGCGGAGGUGCACAUUAUUUAUACAUCUAUAAUCUAAGCAAGUGGAGUAGUGUUAAGCUGGUUACAUGAUAGUAUAUCUAAUAAUGCUAAAUGAUACUUGGUGGCUGCUCUAUGGAAUCGCUGGAAGUUUUUUUUUUUUUGAAACCUGUUUUAGUUUCUCUUGUUGAUGAUUUUUAUUUUUUUACGCAGGAAAUGGUCCCACCCAGUACUCACAGUGGAUUUUCAGGAUUCCAUCUACCAUUCGUGGGGUUUACGUACACAACAGACAGGUAAAAUCUGUACCAAAAACAUGGUUUAGAACAGGGGUGCCCAAAAGGUAGAUCCCCAAAUGUUGUAGAACUUAAACUACCAUGAUGAUUUUCAUGCCCUUUUGCAUUGUUUUAAAACACCUGGGGAUCUAACUUCUGGGCUCCUCUGGUUUAGAAUCUAUAAAUGUGUAUAAAGAUUCAUUCUGUCCAGUGAUCGUAUGUGGAAUGUAUUUGUUUUAAUAAGUCCCUUAAUUUCUCCCCAGUAAAGCUGAGCAGCUGUGAGUACAGUGGGCUUAGCUGAGAUGUGAAAACUACACAGCUGUGCACAGCCUCGGAGGAAAAGAAUGGUCCUGUGUUGAACAGUGACAUAUUCAGAAAAUAGUUUAAAAUGGCAGCACAGGCAAGGGAAAGUAUUGGGAAGGGGAAUAUUUACAUGAAAGCUCAAUAUGGAUAACAGAAAAAAAAACUCCUUAAACUGAUGGCACAAACCUUUCAUGUUUAGUUAAUUCAGUGCUCUACAAAGGAACCAAACUCCAAAAUAAACGUCCACUCUAAGCAAACAUAACCACUACACCUCUUUGCAUUGGUUAUGGAAUAAAGAGUCUUUGAACGUCAUCCUCUUGUCUGUAACACCACUUUUUAAAAGUUUGUCAAAAAUGGAGGCUUUCUCAGUACCUAAAACUCUGUUUGUGGCCAUUCUAAUGCAACUUCACCUUGGCCAUACACCAUUGGAGGGCAGUAAUAGGCUAACCUACAUUAAUAAAAAUGCCUUUUUGUUUAAUAUUUUUUAUUUACCUGGUAUCCACGUUAGCGGUUCAGUCCCUCUCAAGCCUCAUGUCUAACAAUGUUUGAGACAAGGAAAUCAAAACAUUGUUAUGCCCCUUUAAACACUACCCGACUGUGGAUGUCUGUUGUAUUUUUUCCUUACGUAAAAGGUUAGCUUACCCAUGUGUUUCAUGGAAUAAUAAUUUUAAUAAAUAUUUUGUGCUUGUCCAUCCGGACACCAGGAAAGCUACGGCAGUAACAUAGUAAAAUUUCAAAGUUGCCCGUAGUGGUACAUUUUUUUUCCCUCUCUCAAAGUGACUUGACAUCAAAGUCCCUAACAAUGUAAAAUUCCAAUUUCAAAUUGUGAGACAGAUCGACUUAUGAUGGCUAUGUCCAAUAGGUAAACUUCCAGAUGUUGAUAAACUACAACUUUGAUGCUAUGAAGAUUCACGGAGCUGGUGGGCAGACUUUUGGCCAACCUUGAAUUUGUAUUUUUAUGUCACAUUGGCUGGGAGCUGGGGCUAGUGAUCAGCAAGUCUAGUGCAGCCGAGUUAUCUGUUUAACAGAUAAUUCUGUAUGAGAAACUGUGGGGAAAAAAUGGAGCACAUGUGUAGACUUCACUUUCUUAGAUAUCUGUACAAAGUACUGCUUCUCUCCCUGUCUUAUUUUUAGCUUUUAUAGCUGUAUUAUAAAUUCUAGUUGCUGUAUUCUGAAACAUAGCUGAGAUAAGGACCAAUAAACAGAAAAAUGUGGAACUACAUUCAGGGACAAAAUAUUUAGUAGUAGUAAAUAAUGUUCCCAAGCGUCCAUAUGGCUAGAGCCUUGCGUGUCAAGGAGUAAUCCCAUAAUGGUCGUUGGGACACCUUGCUGUUAAUGUAGAGACACAAAUCUCAUGAUAAUUUGCCAGCCAAACAAAGCCCAGCUUUGUGGGAGUUGUAGCUGUGUAACAAUUGGAGGGUUGCCUCUUGGCUGACCCUUGCAUGUGGAUCCAUAAUAAUCGUAUUUGGUGAAAACCAGGAGUAGUACUCACUAUACUUUUAAUUUGUGAUUUUUACAGAAUAAACUAUGUGUUGAACACAGUGAUUUUUUUUUUAUUUUUUUUGGUGUGUGUGUGUGUGUGUGUGUGUGUGUGUGUGUGUGUGUGUGUGUGUGUGUGUGUGUAUAUAUAUAUAUAUAUAUAUAUAUAUAUAUAUAUAUAUAUAUAUUAUUUUUUUUUAACCAAUAUUCAUAACUAACAAACAUAUCUACAUACACCUCUAAACAAGGUCAUUGUAUUAUGUACUUACCCGAAGUUUGAUUCCACUGCCGCCAAGAUCCUUGCCACAGUAGGUGCGCCUGCAUGUACCAUUUUGUGUGGGGAUGGCAAUAACCAAAGCAUUAUGGGAUGAUUCACACAGUUUUUGUGGCAAGCACAUGUUUAGAUGUCCACUACAACAAAUAGAUUUCUGGAUUAUAUUAUGUUGCCCUGUGGUAAAGGAUGAAGAAAGACCUCUAUAAGUUGUAUUACCAGCACAAGGUGUAUUUUAUUCCCUAAGAAGCUGCACUGGACAGUGAUUUGUAGAAUUUUGUUUAUUAUAAUUAUACUUUCAAGCCUAUGCACAUAAAACAUUGGUUACUCUAGCUGUUAUGGAUUGUUUACCAUAAAUCUUAACCAGGCAGCCUGAUGGAUCCAUGGGAUUAUUAUUAAUUAAGUUCAGGUGUUAAUUGUAGGUUUACCUUUGGCAUGGUAGAUCUCAUUGGCUAUGUUUCCAAACUUGGGCUGCUUGCCUGGGAAAUGGGGACCAAUCCUUGGCAAAAGUUAAUUUUUCUGUGUUGCCAUAAUGACACAGCAUCCUUAAUUUGACAAGUCAUUCUAUGAUACAAUAAUACCCCCAUACAUCCAAACAUUUCAUUUCUUUUCUUCCAGUUGUUUUUCUGAUAGAGGCUCCUUGAAGGAAAUCAUUCAUUCUAAUGCUGUGACCAAAGAUGAGGAUGUUCAGCGUGGUCUGGAGAACAGCCUGCAGAUUGACGCAUAUGAACGUCGAAUCAGACGUCUUGAGCAGGAGAAACUGGAACUAAACCGGAAAUUACAAGGUCAGUAACUGGGGGCUUUCAAAGUUUGAGGUAAAUAAUUGAAAAGAGAGAUUUUCCUAUGUUAAUUUACUUUUUUUUUUUUUUUUUUUUUAACCAGAAUCCACACAGGCUGUUCAGUCUCUCCAAGGUUCCUCUCGAACAACCGGGACGCUAAAUAGAGACAAGGAAAUCCGAAAACUGAAUGAUGAAAUCGAGCGGUUAAAAAAUAAAUUAUCCGGUAUAUAUAUUUUUUUAUUUUUUUUUAUUAAAGAUGAUUUCCAUUGAUGUGCUCGCGUUUAUGGGUUAUUUUAUGGGGAUUAAGUUUGUUGUGUGUUUUUUUUUUUUUUAUUCUGUUCUACUUAUAUGCUUGGAGUUGACAAAUGUCUACAGGAUUUAUAAAGUAAAAGCAUUUUAGUUGAAAAUAAACUUGUUGUGAAAUAUUUUGUUUGGACCAUGUGUGAUUAAUUUUGAUUUCAGAUUCAAACCGGAUAGAGAGGCAGCUUGAAGAUGCAGUUUCGGUAAGGCAACAACUUGAAGACUCAACAAGCAAAAUGAAAGGACUUGAGAAACAGCAGAGGGCCUUAAAACAAGAGCGGGAUGACCUCUACAAGGUAUGUACCUAGAUGACAAAACACCUGCUCACGAUAGGCUCUUAGGUGUGAAAAAAGAUCUAGGCACUCCAAUGCUUUAGGGCACAUUUAUUGGAACCAGCAGAACAACACAACAAACAAAAAAAAAAAGCUGUGUUGUUCUGCUGGUUCCAAUAAAUGUGCCCUAAAGCAUUAGAGUACUUGGACCUUCGUCUGUCAUACCUAUGUUCUGAUGUGCGAGUGCUGGCCCCUGGUUUAGCAAAGAAUCUCAUUGGCUUGUGGAUUGAGUGCAAUUACUAUCACCUGCUAAUGAAAGGUGUGCAGAUGGCCUGUCAUGUUUUCCCCCCUGUCCAUGAUAUCUGAAAUAUUUUAUCUGUCAGAGACAGGCGUAAGGUUUUCCAGUAUUCAGCCAUGGUUUUUUUUUUUUUAAUGUUGGGUUUUUUUUAACAUUUUUGACCAAAAAAAGAAAAAAAAAAUACACACACAAAAAAACAAAACAAACACAAUCAAGUAAUGUACUGGUACAUUAGGGAUUGUCCAUGUAAAUUUUGAAAUGUCAGUACCUGAACUAAUUCUAUCAGGGUCUUUAAAUUCUUCAGCAAUCUUCUUUAUUUAUUUUAUUUAUUCAUGUUACUAUUUUUCUCAACAAUCAUUAUCUCUGUCGGAUUUAAUGCCCCUGGGCCAUCUUGUUAAACACCUUGUCCUCAUAUAAAGGUUCACUAGCUAAAAGGUUAGAUCAUAAACUUAAUGCUAGAUUAUUUUGUAACAUAGUAAUCCUUUUUUUUUUUUUCUUCUUUCUUUUGUAAAUAAACAUAUAAUAUACUUUCAAUAAUUAUUACCAAUCACCUGUAAUAGUUGUAAUAGUAACAUCCCCAUGAUGUACUUGCAAACCAGAGAAUAUAUGAAUGUACCGUUCCUGGUUAAACACUUUAUUAUCAUCUGGCUAAGAAACCUAUAUAAAAUAGUAAACAACGUCUCUCAUGGCUUGACGGCCUCCUAGAACAAAGCAUUGCACACUGCACAUUGUGGAGAUUGUGAGGAAAGGGCUGAGCACACACCUCUUCCUUCGUGACAUACAAGGUCACCUAGGGCAGGGUGGCUGAGCAGAGGAAGGGAGAGGUGCUGUCAGGUAACACAAAAUGCUUGAUGGCACUUUUUGUGCUUGUUACGGCUUUUGGAAAUGUUGAGUGUAGAUUGAUAUAUUGGUGUCAUUGGGUGAGCAUUCAUCAGAUGGCUGAGGGACUUGUGAUAAUACACAGUGCACGACAUCACAAAUACCAAAGGGUUAAACCGAUUUUCUUUCUUUUAUCACUCGCUAUCUAAUAGCAAGGAAACUUUGUUUGCACUGGGCUGUGCCUUCACUGAGCACAUUGUGUGCACUUCCAGUCCUGUAGGAACUAGCAUUGUGUCAUACAAUUACUGGCUUGUCUGUGUUUGGCCCCAUUACAAAACCUUUAUUCUAAAUAGCUGCUCGGUAUAUGUUCUUUGUUCCACUUGUUAAGUGUUUCGCACCUUUUGACAUCAGCUGUCUACUUUGUUUUUGUAUAACUGCUGCAUCCACUGGUAUACUGUAGUAAGAUUGUGCCUCCUUUCUGUUGCUUUACGCCAGGCUCUUUUAUGUUUCUUGUCCUGUUUAUUUUACAUGAAUAUUACUUAGCUAAUUUUGCUAUUUUAUCGGAUGACCACACCUUUAAUAAACUUUAAUAAAUAUAAAACAUUUUUUUUUUUUUUUUUUUAAAGAUAAAAAGUGCAGAUUUCACUAGAAAUUUUGACUUUUAUAAUUGAAACUUGUUACACCCCCACCCUGUGCCUGUCAAUCAGUCAACCAGUCCUGUUACUUCCUGGUUUGGUUAGCUCAGUGGAGCUAAACUCAAGAGGCAGCAAUUGCACAGUGCACCAACCUUGCAAAACCUCUAAUUGAGCUGCAUCAGCAAGUCUGUGAUUGGACAGCCACAGAAAGUCUGGGUGGGGUUAGAAGGGGAGGGCUUGCAAAGACUGCAGACUAGAUAUUUGCAGCUUUUAAAACAUUUUAUUUAUUAUAUGAUAAUGCAUAAAUAAAUGCAUGCAGGUUUUUAUUGUGGAUAUAUCUACAAAUUAGUGUUUUAAAUUAUUUUUAUUUGGGCGGUGGAGUGUCCCUUUAACUAAGCUUCUUCCUUUUCCUCCACUAAAGCAACUGACUGAUGCUCAAGAGAGGUUAAAGUCUCAGACAAAGGAGCUCAAAGAUGCCCACCAACAGAGAAAGCUGGCCCUGCAGGAGUUUUCCGAUCUCAACGAAAAGAUGGCGGAACUGCGCUCCCAGAAGCAAAAGCUAACCCGUCAGCUGAGAGACAAAGAGGAAGAGCUAGAAGUGGUCAUGCAAAAAAUUGAUUCCAUGCGCCAGGAAAUUCGCAGAUCGGAAAAGGCUAGAAAAGAGGUGAUAUUACUGUGCUGCUAAAAUCCACUUUGAACUGACUUGUCUAAGCACAAACUCUUAUUGCAGAGUAUAGUGUUACAUAGUAAUCCUACUUUAAUAAACGCUUUGGGACUGUGCCAUCAUUCUAAACGUGUAUUGAGAUUUCUGUGUUGGCUGACCCUGUUGUGUUGUUUAUGGAUUCCAGCUGUGUCCUAUCUAGUGUUCAGGGGAUUAAUAAAUGUCCUCUGUGUAAUACUUGUCCAAAAGGCUGUCGUAUAUGUUGUUGUAACUUAAAUGCAUUGAGUGAGUUCCUUUUACAUCCCAGUUCUUCUGCCUCACAAAUCAAGGACACAGUAACAUGGAUUUAGCUUGAAUGCAAUUUCAAAGAAAAACGUUAUUGUACUAUAGUUACAAGUUACUUCAUUUUAUAUGUUUGAAUGCAGUUUCAACUCACAAAGAGGAAAGUCUAACCUUCCUGUUAGAACAAUGCAUUGUAUUAAUUUCUAGAUUUUACAUUUUAAAUAUGAAUUCUUUCUCGUCUCCGGUUAUACCUAUUGAUUGAGAGGCUUGCAGUACUUGGCUUAAAAUAAGUUGUGACAAAAUAAUAUUUUGGUGGUGGGGGGAGGGGGGCAUAUUUCUCUUUAUUGGCCCUCUUUAAUAAUUUGAGAGAGCACAGUAAUGUGCUUAUUAUAGUUCUUGGUUUUUAAAAAAAACUUUUUUUCUUCUUUCUAAUGACAGUUGGAAGCACAGCUGGAAGAUGCCAGUGCGGAGGCAUCAAAGGAACGCAAACUGCGGGAACACAGUGAACUUUUUUCAAAACAGUUGGAAAGUGAACUGGAAGCUCUUAAGGUAGGAAUACGUAAUUGCUAGCAAUAAAAUAAUAAUUCUGCAUAUAUAUAUAUAUGUAUAUAUGUAAUUAGAGAUAACAUCUUAAAUAAUAGGUUUUGUUUUAUUUGUUUGCGCCCGUUAUAUAAUUCUCCAAAGCUAUUUUCUUCUGUGCCAGGAUAUUUGUAACCUUGUGAUCAACUGAUUUUUAUCAACUAAAUGAUGUAAUUGUAUCGGGGGCUGACCAGAAUUCCCAAAGAGCUGGCCUUGAACCCUGUUCUCUUAUCCUGUGCCUGGAUGCAUCUACUGAAACUUCCUCAAGUACAAGGAAGUUUCUAAUGUUUCCUGAUGAACAUUUCUUUUAAGUUCAGAGAGCAUUGUUUGCUAACCAAGUGUUUGCCAGUAGACAUCCUCCUGGACUCUCGAUUAAUUCACCAUUAUCUUUUCCACUCCUAAAUUUGAUGCUGUAUGAUAGUGUAUGAUAGUAACUGUAAUCAAUUAUUGGGUUGCAGAAUAGACUAUCCAAUACAUUAGUAACAUUACCAUGGAAAGUUGUUUGACUAUUUAUGGGGGGGGGAGCAUGGCACUUCAGACACCUUAACCAUUACAGCUAGCUGGUGCUUGGAACAUUCGUUUAAUAUCGUUCUUUAUUUCCUACAUUUCUCAGACAAAAUCACAGUAGAUAAAGACCCUGGUUGACAUUAGUAUGAGUUUUUACAGCAUCGUAAAUGUACCGUGAUACUCUUUACAAUUCCCACCUGCCGUUACUUGCAAAACACACCUCACCUCCGCUAACUUUAGAUUAUGAUCUCAGAAGACAGGUGUGGAGUUCAUUGUAUAGGAACAUUUCUCAAGUGUGUCCUCCAGCAUUGUCACAUGAUACGACUAUCCUAAAGAACCCCAGAAAAAUCAAUCUGUCUGCUUUUCCAUGCCCACCAGAGCUUGACUGUGCCCACACUGAUAGCCGUAGAGGAAAAAAGUCCAAUUCCGCAAUAUUGGCAUUUGAAUCGUGAUACUAUAACAACUGUCUGAUAUUACCUUUUCUUUUACUUCUUUUUAUUAUCCCUUUUAGUUAAAACAGGGAGGUCGCACACCUGUAGUUGCUUUGGAGCACCAACAAGAACUCUCAAAAGUCAAAUCUGAGCUGGAAAAAAAAGUCUUGUACUUUGAGGAGGAACUGUUGAGGCGCGAAACAUCUCAUUCUUUAGAACUUAAAAACUUAAAGAAGGGGAUCCAUGACUCUGAGAGUCAGCAGCUUGCUUUGCAAAAAGAAAUCCUCAUUUUAAAAGACAAACUCGAGAAAGCAAAGCGAGAGAGGUGAGUGACAGUCCAUUCUUAAACUCUGCUUUCCUGAUCCAUAUUUGUAUUAACUAGUCCCUCUCUCUGUGUCCACCAGGCAAAGUGAGCUGGACGAGGCUGUAGGUACCGUGAAGGAUAAAUAUGAGCGUGAGCGAGGAAUUCUUUUUGAAGAAAAUAAAAAGCUCUCUGUGGAAUCAGAACGGGUAUGUUAUGUUUAUUGGCCUUAGGUUUUCAAACUGUAAUCUUCUUCUGAAUUGUCCUAGCUGUGAAUUUGUAAUGGUUAAAAGUGGACUUAUUCACAGACACAUGAAUGUCUAGAUCUGCUACAGGUACGUUACGAAAUAUCACCUAUAUAUUGCUCUAGGUAAAAUGGUAAUAUUUCAAUCAAGCGAGUCUGAAUAUAUUUUUUUUCUCUUUAUAAAUUUCGUAGAAUUUCUUCAGAUACUAUAUAUAGAGUAAUUUGUUCCAUUUGAGUAUAAAAUACAUUUAAAAUUUACUUUUUUUUGUUUUAUUAUUUUACAUAAAGAUACAGUUUAAGUAGAUUCUGUGACAUUAAAGAAUGUCAUAAAUGGAAAUCAGAAAUCAUUUAAAAAAAAAAAAAAAUCCUUUUGUUUUCAUUUUUAUUUGUAAUUAUUUUUUUUUCUCCAAGCUCUCCUCUUUUGUGGAUAAAUUACGUUCCCAAAACAGGCAAAUGGAGGAUGAACUUCAAGAUCUGAUGGCCAAAAAGGAAUCUGUUGCACAUUGGGAAGCCCAGAUUGCUGAAAUUAUUCAGUGGUAGGUUUCAAGAACUGAAAAGCAUCUAAAAUAAUUGUGAUUUAUUAACCUAACUCAUUUAACGGACCACUCUGGGCACCAUAACAACGACUAAUGGUUUAACCCCAAAGUGUGCAAAACUGUCUGAUUACUGUGCCCCUAUAAUUCCUAUGCAGGUUGAAAGCUUCAUUCAGGAAGCCUCAGACCUCUACCAGGCUUUACGUAGCUCCCCUUUCACUGACUUUGGAUGCUCUGAUGUCUGGAGUGUCACUUUAAUAGCGUUGCUUUAUGUAUUGCUGUAUACGUUUAUAAGCAAGUUGACAUGAGUGUGUCAUUCAAUGAAGCGAGACCGACCAUCCCAUCAGCUUUCAGCAUGCACCUGCCAAGGGUCCUUGAUUAUUUGUCUUUUUAGUGGACCAUCACAAUGGUACUGCUGAACUAGGAUACAUUUAAAACCUUAAUAUUUUUGUGCCGUCACUCUGAAUUAAGAAUAAGGUUUGAGUAUAAAGAGACCGUCAGACACUGAAACAUCCCUUAAAGGGACACUAUUGUCUUAAUGUAGCGGUUCUGAUGUCUAUAGCAUUUCUCCUCAGACUCUGCAAUGUAAACAAUACCUUUUCAGAGAAAUGGCAGUGUUUAUAUUGCUGGCUAGUAACACCUCUAGUGACUGUCACUCAGAUGGGCACUAGAUGUGCUUCCUGUGUCAGUGCUGCAGAGUGUGCAGCACGGGUGUUAAGCUGAACAUUCGCCUUAGAGAUGCAUUGGUUCAAUGCAUCUUUAUGAGAAGAUGCUGAUUGGAGCAGUGCAGCAUUUUGCCGCACAUGCACAUUAGCCUCCCAGAGCAUUAGAUUGGCUGAGAUCAUCAAGUUUGAUCUCAGCCACAGAGGCAGGGCCAGCCGCAUUGAAACUGGCAUGACAUGGGAGAAAAGGUACCUUUAAUACCUUUCCCAUGCAAUCUAAGGGAGGGCGAGAACCCUCAUAGGUAGUUUAAUACUGUUGUCGGGAAUUCAUGUUUGUGUUCCUUUAAGUGAUUAAAGGAUAAGAGUUCCUGUAUGGCUAAUGUUAAAUCAGUGCAUAUUGGCCGUCUGUCAUCAGCAGUCACAACGUGGUGGCACGGCUCUCCCAUUCAUGCGGGACAAGUCCUUCCCGCCUCCUCCAGUGAGGGCUUUGGCUUAAAGUAGCAAAUUGCAUUUUGCAGCAACAGAAAGAAUUUGCUAAGUUUUGCAGUCCCUAAAAAAUAUGCCUACAAGCACAGACUGGGAUCUGUCUUAAAAGUGCACCUUUUUAUGCCAAUCAAUCACCAAUUUUCUUCUUCAGGGACUUUCGAGCAUUGUGAGGCUCAGGUCCAAUAGGGUAUCAGUGAGAUCAGAAAGUAAUUUAAGUACAUUUCAUUGUGGAGAUUUAUCACUUUUUGAUCGCACAAUAUAGAGAUGUCUGCUGCAUUGCAAGUACAUUGGUAGUAAUGAUCGUAAUGGCAAUAAUCACUUUUGUUUUGUCCUAUAAGCACUGUAUCAAAACAUAAAGUCUGGUUGUUACGUGGUAGUAAUUUUAACCCCUUAAGGACCAAACUUCUGGAAUAAAAGGGAAUCAUGACAUGUCACACAUGUCAUGUGUCCUUAAGGGGUUAAAGAUCUUUAUUUUUAUGAUUUUUGAUUAAAGUGUUUUCUCAGAAAACUCUUAAAGCAGAAAAAAAAUCCCGUGUAAACUGCAUCUAUUGUAUCUUUUUAUAUUUAUUUUUAUAAUUGGAGGGGGCGCGGAAAAGAUAGCAUAACUUUGUAAAUACCGCAAGCAUUAUGUAGAAGUGUGGGGAAUGUGAAAUAGCCAAAUGAAUGACUCUAUGGUGUAGGCCUGUAAUGAGAGGUGGUCUCCCAUCUCUGGUUAAGGAACUUCACCUAAGGAUACCACCCCCAUCACAUUGAGGCAUAAAUUGGAUUUACUGCUCUGGUUUUUGAUGCCAAAUCUUUCAUGAUCAGUUUUUUUUUUUAAAGUCUCCACGGCAACUUACAUUUUGUUUGGGAAUUAUUUUUAUCUAUCAAACUGCGAUUAGAUAGGCACAUUAUAAACCAAUAAAGGAAAUAAGAUUAGUUAUUUAUGACUUUUUAAAUUUACAAUUGAAAGUGACAUUCCACGUUGCAGAGAAUUGCUGUUCCUGAAUUCUAUAGAUAAAUAUUGUAACAUAUGCAGAUUGUUAUAUGAAAAUCAAUUAAUAACAUUUAAAAAUGCUGCAUUUCUCCUAAAUCCCCAGACUUUAUAUAUUCUCCAAUGCUCAUUGUCAUACCAGGUAGUGACUCAACCAAUCAUUAAGCUCAUUGAAUUAUAAUGUUAUUUAGUUUUAGAUCGAGCCAGCAGAUUCAACAAUAUGAUAUAAAUGUAUACUGUAACUCGCAAAUAGGUACACACUGAAAAGGAUCUAACUUUCAUUAAGGGGACACUAUAGUCUCAAAAAUAACUACAGCUCAUUGUAGUUGUUUUGGGGAGUAUAGUCAGUCCCUGCAGGCAUUUUCAAGUAAAAACUGUCUUUUCAUAGAUUCAAUGUAUUUCUAUGAGUAGAUGCUGAUUGGCCAGGAUGGUGUCUGACCCUGCCCUGCCUUGCCUCAUUUGAGAUCUCAGCCAAUCCAGUGCCUUCCCUUUGCAAAGCAUUGAAUUUGCUGAAAUCAUCUGUUCUGAUGUCAGCUAAAGAGGUGGAUUGGGGCGGAUCCGUGAAGAGUUAAAAAUAAGGUAAGCCACCUAAAUGGUAGUGGUUCAGAGCUUUCAUUAAACUAAAGCCAUUGUUUUGCUAUUGGGAACAGGCAUAUUAGUUGAUAUUUGAUGUAUUUAUCUCUAAUUUUAUUUAUCUGUAAUAAAAAUAUAUAUAUAUAUAUAAUACAACAUAAAGUUCUCAACUCCUGAAUCCUUAUUGUUUUCUGUAGGGUAAGUGAUGAAAAAGACGCUCGGGGCUAUCUACAAGCUUUAGCAUCAAAAAUGACAGAAGAACUUGAAUCUUUGAGGAGCUCCAGUCUGGGAUCACGGACCUUGGUAUGUUGUGUAUUUGUACUAUACUGUUACGUCACUUAAAAUAUUCUGAGCUGAAAAGAGAUGUGAUAUUUUACUCAACCUUGUUCCUCCAAUGGGUUAAAUACUUUGUGACCUUGUGGUCAUUUUAUACAUUUUCAAUGAUGUGAUUUUUGACAACGAUUUUUGUUCCUCCCCACCCCUUUCUGUUUUACCACUGUUUUAUAAAAGACUCAUUUUUGCCUUUAAGCAAAACACAUUUAUGAUGCGUAGAUAAGAAUUCAAGUAUCAUAAAUAUGUAUAGCUUUAAUUUUAAUGAAUUUUUUUUAAAGAGGAAAAAAACAACAACGAAUGGUUGCACUUUAAACAAAAUGCUGUCUGAAGCACAUGAAUCUUUUAAAUAGAAUACAAUUAAAGUAAGAUGCGCAAAAGAGUGAAUAAUGUUUUUCUUGAUGAAGUUAGCUCAGAUUUUUACAUUUGUUUGUUUUAAUUUGAGGUCAUAACCAUUUCAUUUCUAGUAACAGAUUUUAUAUUCUGAUUGUUGCUUUAGCCUGACCUCUCAUAUCCACAAGGCUUGACCCCAUAUCAUUCUGAUAGGCUGGUGAGUUAUUCCUGUGGUCCCAGCUGGCUCUCUGCAGUGUACCACGUCACUGCGAUUUGCUUUGGUGAUUGUAAAUUUGGUGGUGGGAAGCUAUUCAAGCAUUAUAUCACUAUUCAACAAAACCGUCAAUAAAUGUAUGUGCUUCAAAGCUAAACUAAGAUUUCUCUCUUCUUAAUCGGAUUUAUUUAUUUGUUCUUCUGGUUUGGGUUGUUAUGGCUAAACACAUGUUGGAGAACUCUAAAAGCACGAUAAUCACUUUCUGCUGGUGCAAAGGUUUUGCAGAAACGUAAUCAAUAUGUGGUUUCUAUAAAUCAUAUUGUUGCCUUUAUUGAUUUAUGUUGUUUUUGUUUUCCUUAAUUAUUUGUAUGCUUUGCUGCAUUACUUCAUGGGCAAAGAAAUGAUAAUCCAGUUUUUGCGCGCUGCAUUUCUUUAGUGUUCAGCCACCACGGGGAAUGUACAUUUUAACCAAUAAGUAUCAGAGAUUAGCCGUCACUGCUCUUUGCUGGGAUGUUGAAAUGUAUACACUCUCAGUACAAGAGGCAGUUGCCUAACUUCUUAUCAAUAAAGUUCAGACCUAACAUUUGUAAUCUCAUUUCCUGCUCACAAUAUCGUUAACCCUAUCUGUAACAAUAUAAAUGACUCUACAGUAUUUGUCACUGCCCUCCCCCUGCUAAAAUCUCCUGCGUCCAACGCUUCAAGUAUCAGCAAUUCUUUGAGAGAGAUGUUUGCUAGGCUGCCAUGGUUUCCAUGUUUUUGUUUAACAUGCCGUGACAAAUAAUUUUACAAAAACUUUUUAAACCACGUAGUAAACAUUUUUUUUCUUCUGUGAGCAAACAUCAGAUUUUUAUAGGUUUAUUACAUUUAUACUGAUUCUGUUAGAUAUGUUUAUAGCCUAUUCUGCAGCAUUGUCCAUUAAAUAAGCACGUACAACACAUAGUGAUAAAAUUAAAAGGGAGCUUUAGUGUUAAUAUGGGAGUUCUAGCUUGGGGGCUGUCCAAAUACUGUCCCGCAGGAUCUCCUGAUUGCCUUCCAGGGGUAUACGACCUGUGCACAUUGCAAAGCCAUACAAUUACACGGUUUCAUUCCUUUCUGCUGGGACUGUAUCUGAUUGAGGGAAAAGUAAUAUUAGGACAUGUCACUGGUGACAAGUCCACCAUUCUGGAAUGCUAAUAUGUGAGCGGGCUUGUCCAGCCUGAGACAUGGUGUGUGAGUAGGGUGGAGAGACCGUAAGGGGGCGAGAGAGUGCGUGUAGUGCAAGGAAAACUAGAGAGUGUAGGAGUGGGUGGAAAGCAAGGUUAACGGAUGGGGAGAGGGUUUGGAAAAAAAUGUAGAGCGCAAAAAGUCAGGAAUUGGGUAGAUCAAUGAAGAGGUGGGUGGAGCCAUGGAGAGUGUUACGCGCAUGCACAAGAGGUGUGAAACGCAGUUGUAAAGUGGGACAUGGCAUAGGAUAUUAGAAUAUGGGAAUUAUUCACGUGAGACAUGGACUUUAGAAAGGCAGAAACAAAGGUGUUUGAAGCUUGAAUGGAGGGGUGGGAUGGAGAAAUGGCAUAAAGGGAGAGAGAAGGUAAUGGAGGGUCAACUAUAGGGGAGAGAGCACAGAAGAAAGGUUGAUGUCCGUGAUGGAACAGGUUUGAGAGUGCAUGGAACAAGGUGCAGAUGGGAGAGCAGAUUACAUGCGAUUUUAAGGGUUGAGUUUAAAUAAAGACAAUAGAUCUGGAGCCUGAGAGUUUAAUACCAGGGCUAAAAGGUUAAGAGUUGGGGGUUCAGUCUUUGAUUAUGGGUACUGUGGUUGAGAAGUCUGGGUAAUCGACAGAAAACCUUUCCACUGAGAAUAACCAUGAAUAUGGAGGGGGAUAUACCUGCACAGUGACAGGUGGGGAGGAUCUGUCAAUAGAAGUCUUUACCACAAGAGUGAGGAAAGAUACUCCUAAUGUUGAAUUAUUUAUUGGCUGAGAGUGCUCAACUCACUCUCAGCCAAAAGAAUAAACGGCAGAACGAGCAGAGUUGCGCUAACUGAAUGUAAUUCAGCCGGCGUGAGAGUCGGUAUAGCACACGGCGCGACCCAAGUAAGAAGCAACGGAUUGAUCCUGACAUAACUGCCACUACAGUGGGCUGCAGUGGGUAUAAUGCUCAUAGUAGCCCUCUAUGCGUGCCAACAGAAUGAGAUUAUAAAAAUGUGGAUAAACUGUUCAGUUAUGUGCACCAAUCACUGGUUUGGCACUUUAAAACUAGUUAAGGAGAAUUUUACUAAGCGGGUCGGCAUUUCAGGAACGAUGUGAAACCAUUUUAUCAGACUGUAGAGGUGCUAACGAUUAUAUUUUAUGACACAAUGCCCCGGUCACAAAUUGCUUCUGUUAAAGGUAGGGAGAAAAACCUUUUUGUUUCUGUGUGCGCUUGUUGCAGGACCCACUCUGGAAGGUGCGACGCAGCCAGAAGCUCGACAUGUCUGCGCGACUGGAGCUGCAGUCUGCUCUGGACGCAGAAAUAAGAGCCAAGCAAGUGGUACAAGAGGAGCUGAGGAAAGCAAAGGAAGCAAAUGUUUCAUUUGAAAGGUACACCCUGUGUUUGAGGUUUUAUAAUGUACAGCUGCAGGGAAAGCCUAUACGCUUAUAAUGCACUGUGGGGUUAAAUUAUUUUACUGUGAAAUUAAGAAGGAAUGUUUACCCCCGUGGUAGAUCAUGUUUAGCAUAUUGUGUUUUUAGAUAAAUAAAAAAAAUUUAAAAAAAGAUUCUGAAUUAUUGAAAGCAUUAACAUUCCUCUUACCUACCCUAAUGAUCUCUCCCCUUCUGCGAAAUUUAAUGAUUGCCAAGUGCCCAGAUGAAUGUGCAUUACCUUUAUAUAAAUAUCUAAACCGUUUGCUUUCGACCUAAAACAGACAUAUCAGAAAAUAGCAAUGGUUGCCUUAUGCCUAGAGCCAUUAUUACGCAAUCUUAAAGGAACACUAUAGUCACCUAAACAACUUAAGCUAAAUAAAGCAGUUUUAGUGUAUAGAUCAUUCCCCUGCAAUUUCACUGCUCAAUUCACUGCCAUUUAGGAGUUAAAUCACUUUGUUUCUGUCUAUGCAGCCCUUGUCACACUUCCCCUGGCUCUGAUUGACACACCCUGCAUGGAAAAAAACAACUGGUUUUACUUUCAAUCAGAUUUAAUUUACCUUUAAUAAUUGUAUCUCUUUCUCUGUAAAUUGAACUUCAAUCACAUACAGGAGGCUCUUGCAGGGUCUAGCAAGCUAUUAACAUUGCAGGGGAUAAGAAAAUCUAAAAGAGAACUUGCAACAAAGGAAAGAAACUUUAGAUGAUUCUCUAAAAGAAGUAUUUAGGGAGGCUGUGUAAGUCACAUGCAGGGAGGUGUGACUAGGGUUCAUAAAAAAAAAAAAGAAGAAAAAAAAUGUGAGUUAUACUCCUAAAUGGCAGACAUUUGAGCAGUGAGACUGCAGGCGUAUGAUCUAUAAACUAAAACUGCUUGAUUAAAGGACCACUAUAGUGCCCUGAGGGUGCCCCCACCCUCAGGGUCCCAUUCCCGCCGGGCUCUAGGGGGUGGAAGGGGUUAAACUUACCUCUUUCUCCAGCGCCGGGCGGGGGACUCUCCGCCUCCUUUCCUCCUCGGCUGAAUGCGCAUGCACGGCAAGAGCCGCGCGCGCGUUCAGCCAGUCUCAUAGGAAAGCAUUCACAAUGCUUUCCUAUGGACGCUGACGUCCACUGUGAUUUUCACAGUGAGAAGCACGCAAACGCCUCUAGCGGCUGUCAAUGAGACAGCAACUAGAGGCUGGAUUAACCCUAAUAUAAACAUAGCAGUUUCUCUGAAACUGCUAUGUUUUUAUAGAAAAAAAGGGUUAAACCUAGCUGGACCAGGCACCCAGACCACUUCAUUAAGCUGAAGUGGACUGGGUACCUAUAGUGGUCAUUUAAGCUAUAGUUGUAUUGGUGACUAAGCUUUUUCACUAAUCCAUUUCCCUUUCCUGAUCAUAGUUUAUGUUGGGCCCCUUCAGUCUCGAUAAAAACAUAAUUGUAUCUUGCAGGGUUAUUCACUAAAGGGAACAUCGUUGGAAAAUUAAAGGGAUUUUUACUCCAAUUACCAUAACACUUCAGUGAUUUGGAGUGGGCACGGUGACUGGAGUCUGUGGACUCACUAUGAAACACUGUACAUACAUUGUCUAACCCCUCUGCUACUGGUGGUGUAACUCCACCUCUGGUGUUGUCAUUGGCAAUCGCACAACAGUUCCAGGCUGGCCCACGUCAAUUUUGUGCAUAUUCCUAUGUACAGAAUUGCAUUAGCUGAGAGCAGUUCCUGCUUUUAGAACUCUGCAAAAUGUGGAUGUCUCUGGUGGCCAUCCUGUUUUGUUAAUAGGUCUCUCUUUAAAGUGAUGUUGCUUAUGGCAUGAAAUGACUUUAUCACUGUUAAUAUUUACAAACUCUUUGUAGCAAACUGAGAGAAGCAGAAUCGAAAAACCAAGAGCUGCAAGAGGAUGUAAGAAGCUUGAAGAAAAAGCUGGAAGAAAAACUAAAAGAUGAUAGCGGUGCGUUUAGCGAACACUUGCUGUGAUUUCCAUUGGUAUUUCAUAAUCCAGUGUGCCAUUCUCUUUACUUUGGCUCUGCUUUCUUCCAGGAUUGAAACUUCCUGACUUUCAAGAGUCAAUAUUUGAAUAUUUUAACACCUCUCCACUGCCUCAUGACCUUUCGCUGAGAGUGAGUAUACUUUGUCAUGUUUGUCUCCAAUCCGCUAGCUUAUGUUGGUGUAAACGUUGAUAGGAGCAAUGAUCCUUAUCAGUUCUGAUGGAGCAGUGAUAGUGAAAUAUUAGAAUUAGAAGCCAGUUAGAAUUAUUGAAGAGCCAGUCUGUUCUUUGGGUACCCUCCCCCCUUCGGAGCCACAGUUGUACUAUAUUCUUAGAGAUCGCGGUAAAAUGCUCACAAUACGGCACUAGCAUGGAUUUAUUUAGAGGCGAUGACUGCCUGGCUCCUGGUUUUGGGGACAGUCAUUCUUUGGGAAAUCCUAUUAUUUUUCGUAGUAGAUCUGCAUGCCUAAAGAUCAUACAUUCCCUAAAGGCUAACCUCACAGAAUACAUUGAGCUCAACUGUCUUGGAUCUACAGAGUUACAAUAGGUUUGUUCCUGCCAUCCUAAGUUUCUCCUCCUGUUAUCUGACCCCAGGUAGCUGGGUGCAAGCACAUCAGUGAAUGUGUUUCCAUCUAUGCAAACAAGUUGCUCACAUGGCACUUUGCUUAUGUGCAUGCUUAGGUAGCUCGUUAACCGGUAGUGUGGUCAUUCCUCAUCCCUGUGUCAAGCACAAUAUAUACCUCCUUCCUGAUCUGGGAUAUGCCGGUACCUAUAUAAUAAUUCUAAUACCAGUACUGCACUGUCUGGAUCUGAACCAGUAAAUGUCUAGCAGCUCUGUGAUCAGCAUGCAUCUUUUUGACCAUUGCCCCUGGCAGUGGAGAGCAUAGAUAAAUGCCAUUAAUUCAUCUAUUUCCCAGAAAUAAAAGGGCUUUCUGUUUUAGUCACUAGGAUCAUGAAUUGUCCAGAUUUUAGACCGCCCAGUUGCUUAUGCUCUGCAAGCCUUAUGGGACCUGUAGUUCUUCAUUAAUACAGGCUUUUCUGUUGGUACUGAAAGAGUUAAACCCUUUCUUUCUACACAGCAGACUACUGUGCAUUAUUAUCUGUGAUGGCAUUGACAGGCCUAAAUUAGAGUGUGUUUAUUUUAGUACGCUACCCCCCUCUCCAACCAUCACUGAGUAUCCAUUAUGAUCUGACUGUCUGUAUCGAUUGCCUCUCUGAACAGUAUGUAUAUGUGGGUUUUAAGUGCUUUUUUUGUGUCCCUCGUGUUUGUCACCACAAAGGAACCAGUCUCUUCUCCGUCUAGAUCCUCACUGCUAGCCUUUUGGGAAGAUGUAAGUCCUCUUUCAUAGCUUUUAAAACCAGAUAUCAAACCUCCAUCCCGUAACUUAUAUCCUUGUCCUGUUCUAGUCCUAUACAGUGUGUUGUCAUAGACUAACCUCUAAACUAUAGGUUGAUUUUAUUAAAAUUCAGAUUUUUCUCAAUAACCUACUACAAGCCAAUAAUAGGUUCCAUGUUACCUUCAUUUUCACCCUCUUUUAAUUGAACCAUUUUUUUGCCAUAGGAGUCUACUUCAUUGGCCCUUUUGGAAGACAAGAGGGAAUUAACUUGCUUUUUGCCAUUUAUAUGUAGACAGGAGCUGGUCCUUGUGUAGCUCUUUUUUAAUUUGACAUUUAUAGGCUUUGAUUUAAAAAAAUGCGCAUUUUGACGCUUUACAUUUCACCCCACUUUAGAGAGAACAUUCUUUAUGUUCGUACGGUAGGCUUGUACCCUUAUGAGGCCGGUACAAGAAGAGUUAACAUUAUCACUCUGAUUACAUGCAGCCAAGUGAAUGUAAAAUAGUUUCCAGAUUACUUUUACAUAUGUUUGGCAUAAUAAGCAUCAUCUCUUGUUAUUUGUUUUAGAGUAAUUACAUCCCUGUGUUUGUCUUUGUGAUUAGAAGUAUGAAUGUGUUUGGAAUUUCAAUUUUGCAAAACAUUUAUUGAACAUUUCAAAAAAAAAAAAAAUAAUCCCUCAUCAAAUUGCCUUAUUUUGAUCAUUCCCGGCCUCUUAAGUAAGAUAUCUGUGUCUCGGGGCCAAAAAUUGACUUUCUCACACUAAAGCCUUGACUUAAUAAGCUGUCCAAAUCAUUCCAUACUGUUAGAAAAACUUAAUAAAUGAUUUCUCUACAGAAGUCACCAUUGAAGUCUAUGGGAGUUUCUGUCGAUAAAUCAUUUGUAAUGUUUUUCUAACAAUAAUGAAUCAUUUUGAAAGCUUAUUAAAUUGAUGGCUAAAUGUUUAUCCGCUUCAAGCUAUAUAUAGCUUUAUAAAAUUGUUACUCAACAAAGAUAAGCAGCCGUGAUACUUUUCUUCAACUGAGAAGUGGCUGAGAUAUCCCAGCCGAUCCCUAAUCUCAUGAUAGAAUUUAUUUUUAUUGUUUACCUAUUUUACAGCACUACAGAAUCUGUUGGCACUAUAUAAAUAAUUGUAAUUGUUUAGAAGCCAAUAUUUAAAAUGGACCUGCCUUGAUAUGUUCUGUCCAACUCUGUUUAUCAUUUUUCUUCAAAAUAAUUCCCUGUUAGUAUAUUGGGGAUGUAAUUUAUCUCUAUGGGACUCUGUUAAUGAAGGUUUUGUAAGUCCCAGUCAGAAUGCUGACCAGCUCCAGUGUUGUAUCUCUCCUGUUUUUAAUCCCAGAUCCCCAUUUCGGGCUCUCCCAUCCUUUGAGUGCCCAAAGCUUAUAAUAUGUGCGUAUGUCUUAGGGACACAUAUUAAGUGAAAUGAACGUUAUCCUCUGAAGUGAACGUGCCAUAUGAUUGCACAAUAUUUAAUCUACACAUCAAAAUGUUUGCAAAGUCAUUAAUGGAAAUGUCUUGCCUUUGGCUAUGUCCUGGCAUCUAUCCAUACAAAACCCCUGUGAUAAUAUUUACAAAGCACGCAGUCACACACUGUGCAUCAUGAGUUCUUUACAAAUACAUAGAUAUGUAAAUGACAAAUAACAUGCUCAAACACAGUCCUCUGAGAGAGAAAUUAUAUUUUAUGUAAUUAAUAUAAACUUUAUUCUAUCAAUUCUUCCUGGGAUGUGCAGGGGGGGGGUCACACGUGCUACUAUUUCAAUCCCAGAAUGUUUUUUCACCAGCACUUUGAGUGUGGUAGCAGUACCUCCAUAAACAUUUAAUCUGUAUGUUUGUUAGUAAUUUAACAAACACAAUGGAGGAGAUAUGUAAGAAUGUGAAAAAUAGAAAAGUUGUGCAGUAUCAUUAAAAAAAUUAAAUAAAAUGGAGCAAUCGCCGUGGAAACCAAUUGAAUCAAAAGAAAACAUUAUUUUCUAUCUGGUUUGCUUCACCGUUGGAAAGUGGCGCCCCCUUUCUCUUACAGACUUUUCUAAAUCUCCCUAAUGUAUAGAUGGAUUGUUACAGUCCCAUUGCGUGGCAGGUGCAAUUAUUAGUGUGACUGCUCAGGUUUUGGGAGACUGAACUUUAUAAACAGACCUGUGCAGAUAAGUACAAACUUGCUUCUCCCACUCUCCUAACAUAUACUUUAUCUAUAUUACAGUAAGUACAACCUUUAGCUCUGCAUUACCAAUGCAUUGACUUCAUCAAUAAUGAAUAGAGAGAGAGAGAGGAAGUUUAUUAAUUCCUCCCCAGGCUGCACACAAGUUUGAUAAUGUGCUUGGCCAAAACGUGGAAGGCAGACCCAGCUCUGAAGGCUCAGAUCAAUGCAGAGAUCAGGAUGGAGAAGCUGACAGCUGCUAUCAAUAUAAUCAAUGACCACUUCUUGAAAAUAUGGAAUUGGUUCCAAAGGGUUUGACUCUUAACUUGUGGUGUAGUCAGGGGAGGGUGUUCACCAGGAGUGCAUCCGGCCUUUGGUUCUUUCUCUUUCUUUUAUCUCACAAUCUCGUCUCUCAAUUUCCGCUUCGUAGUUCAGUGACACAACUAUCUCUAGCUGGUUAUCGAGAUCGGUGACAAUAUUUCACGGGACUGGAAUUUGUCCUUUAUUCUCCUGCCACCUUUGGGGGUGUCUCCUCUUUUGUACUCUGUUGGUACUAUUUCCUGUAUUACAUUAAAAUCUCAAUAAAAACAAUGAAGUAAACAAAUCACUACAUGCUGAUAUACAGCACUGCUUGCUUCACAAAUAAUAGUACGUGUUCUAGCCAGGUCUUGGCCUUACGACAAAGUUUGAGUUUUGCCUUUCUUUUUCAGCUCGUGAGAUUUCUACUUUAAAAACAUGUAACGUUGGCCAAUGGACCAUGCGCUUUAUAUUCGUGUUUUAUUACUUCUUUUUGUGAUCACUGUUUUGUUUGUUUUACAGACUAGCACUAUUAUUGAACACGAUAUCCCUUCUUUUAAAUCUGAUGUUUCCCCGUCAUUAUCUGUUCCAUCAGCUUUGGAACAACAUCAAGAGGCAAGUAAUUGUUUGAAUUAAAGCCUUCCUUGUUUUAAAAAAAAAAAAAAAGUACAAUCUAGUCAUUAAUACAGGAGUAGCCAGUAGCAUGUAUAGGUUUUUAUUGUAUGUGUAUAUGUCUUACUCAUGAAGUAACACAUUGCAGAACCUGUUUUACAGACUGCACAAAAUGUUCUGUAAAUUAAGUGAAAUAUCAUCAGAAAAAAAAGUGUAUCUCUUAAUGGAUUCAUUUUACAAUAGUUAAAGGGACGCUCUAAACAGAAAAAAUUAAGUUUAUCUUUAAUCUAGUGCCGAAAUAGCUCCUCUUCUAAGCCUGAUCUGCUCUUGUAGAUGUCAUCAGGCCACAGGAAGUAGCUUGGUAAACAUUCUCACAGAGAAGCAUUGAUGACAUAGAGCACACGUGUCUUAGAAUUAAGAAGCUAUGAAUUAUCUCGGCACACUAUGCAUUCUAACCUACUCACUGGUUUAAAUUUGGUUAAGAAUUACACUUCCUGGCUCUGAUUGACAUGACUGCAACACAUAGCUACAAGCUCCACUUUAAGGAGAGCUUAAGAGUGAAUUAAACCCUCACAUUUCAGGGACAUAAUUUAAAAUGUACAGUGUUCAUGUUGUGUAGAAUGUAACUCUAAAAUAAGCUACCUCAUUUAAGAGAGCUGUUAUUUCUGUAGUAGGAAGGCAUGGAUUCCUAGAAAGCACAUGGUGCACAUAGCAGAUGCCAAUAAUUCAGAGAGAAAACACACUUAGUUCCAUUUGGUUUUGGAGACCUUUCACAAAGGGUUGAGUUUGCGUGAGACAUACCUAGCAUGCAUUGUAGAAAGCAAGCUCACUGACCAGCUCUGGUAGUUACUUAAAAUGUAAAAGGAAUUAAAGAGGGGUGAGCUUAGACUGAAUAAGACUUUGUAGAGCCGGUUGAAAACUUUCUGAGGCACUGGUUGGACGAACAGACAUGUAGUUGUAACCAGACAAGUUGGACACACAAGAACAGAGAGGUUGAGGGCCCUGCUCAAUGAGCUUGCAUGCUAGAGGGAGUGGGAUAAAAUGACACAAAAAGCUAAGGAUAGUAUUAGACUAGUGACAGUUGUAGAAGAGGAAUCAGUUGGGAGCUAUUAACAGUUUAAUUGAUACGCUUUUAUGAAGAAGUGGGUUUUUAACGAUUUUUUGAAGGAGUGGAGACUGGGUGAGCAUCCAAUGGAGGAGGGAAGGGAGUUCCACAGGAACGGUGCAGCCCUCGAGAAAUCUUGAAGGCGAGCAUCAGAGGUGGGAACUCAAGUCACAUGUAUUUUUUUUCCCCAUAAAAAUUGUGAAUAUACUUGGUAAAUAUACAAACGCUAUUCGGACUCCCAUUAAAUAUGCCUACUUCAAAGUGUGUUUUUAUUUUAUUAGUGGGGAUGUUUUGUCUUUACCUUGCAUAAACAUAUUCGCAUAUUACUUAAAAACUUUUAUUAUUUUCCUUUGUUAUUUUAGGAGCCGACACCAUCUUUAAAACCUGUCCCUUCUCCCACUUUCACACCAAUCUCCAUCUCGGUCCCAAAGGUAAGGUUUUUGGAUUUCUAUAGGUAAUGCUUUCUAUAUAAUGACUGGAGUAGAAGUCGCUCUGUGUCAGCACACUAAAUGUUCAUUUAUUGGCGUUUUCCAUGUAUUUUAUCCCCACUGUCUAGUGUACACAAUGCGCCUGCAUUUCUAUGAUUUUGAACGGUUAAUCUUUGAAUACUCGUAUAAUUUAGUAACAUAUGUUUAAAGGCCCUUGUGGGAAAAUAUCUGUUAGUGUUUUACUAUAUAUUUUUUUAUUACCUAGGAUAAUUGUUUCUUUUAUGUUGGGAAUUGUAUUUUACAGCUCAAAGUAGUCUCUCCUGGGUAAAUUCAAUGCUUCUGUGUAACAGUGUUGAAUUGGUUAAGGCUGCAGGUUAAAUAUUUUAGUAAUCUUCCAGUCUGCUUACGCUUAGGGACUAGUGAUGGUGUAUAUUUAAUUUCUUUACACACAGUCAUUUUAGGACAUCACAGAAAAUCUUGUCUUUUUUUUGCACUGUAAGCUAAAUAUAACCAGGAAAAUAUGUCCAUUCCAGCAUUGUGGGCCAUGAAAAUCUCAGUCCUCAUAAGGAUUACAACCUGGAAGUGACUCAAGACCAUUAUAAAUAAAAUGUAUGUAACCACUGCCAGCCCCAAAAUGCAACAAAGGCUGCCUGAAGAACAUGGCAGCACCUUGUAUCUGACAACAUUGGUUACUCCAUAUGUUGCUGAUUAAAGUUUCUCACCUAGCUGAAAGGUUAUAGUGUUUUUGUAUAUUUUUAUUUUCUCCCCUGUGAGUCGAGGAGUGCCGUGUGUUCCAAUCUUUCUGCCGAUGACACGUUUAGCACUCUUCUGUUUCAGAUGCCAGGAAGUAGCAUGAACGCUUAUCCUUCCACAACAUGUGAAAUGGCACCACUUAAUGUUUCACAAGAUCUGCGUUUUAACCUCGAUCGUUCUAUAAUCAGAAAGUCUGUUCCAGCAUUUCUCAACCUUCUUUCAUAUUAUAGAUGAGAGAUUUCCAGCCACACACACUGCACAGUUACAGGAUUAUUCACUAAAGUCAAAAUUCAAAGUCGGUUUUAAAUUGAAGGCCAGAGUAGCCGAACUGAGAGCAUAGCUGUUAUUUGGCUAUUUUGACCUUAAAUUUGAAAUUCUCCUUUUGUUAAAAAUUUAAAAUAAUUCUGUUUUUAUAUAUAAACCAGAAAAUGUUUGCAGCAUCCUAAGAGAUAACUUGUGCUAUAGUUUUAUUGUUCACCUCUAUUAAAUACAUUUUUUUAAUGUUUUGUUUAAAAGAAAAUGAUAUUUACUUGUAACAUGGUGUGAUGUGUACGGUGUUCUUCAGUCGUAGUGGAAUUCUGAUAAUGUCUAUUGCCUCCUGCUGAACUUUAAACUCACCAACAGUAUUUUAUUUCAGCCUAAAGCCCAUCAGCUUGUAAUAAAGUCCUUCUUGAGCCCGACACAGUGUUCCCACUGCACAUCGCUUAUGGUUGGAUUAGUCCGGCAAGGUUACGCUUGUGAAGGUAUGUGUGUACAAAUAUUGUGUAUGCCCAAGACUUGACAUGAAUGAUUAUUAUUUUUUUUAAGGUUCAUUCCAGGACACAUAACUACCAGUGAUUUGACUAUAACAUGUUGUUUUUUUAUUUUAUUUUUUAAGUUUUUAUUUUGUUUUUAUAAAUCAAACAAUUGUGGUUGGGGGAUACAGAAAAUAAGGGGGGGGUUGAUUCACCAGUUACAUAACCAUCAAACGAAGUUACCAUACUCUGCAUCGUAAUAUACAUCAUGGUCUAAUGGGAGGUUUACAAGCUACAGCAAGUAUAUAUCGGGACUUGCGCCUUCAAGGGUAGAAGCCGUUUGUGAAUCAAGUUACACAAACGCACCAGGGUUGCCUCUUCAACCAGUUUGUCUUAAUCUCAAUGAGUGCCAAAGCUCCCAAGCAGCUAUUGUAGUUUCAGAGGGAGGGAAAAUGCUGCUGUUCCAGCGUUGGUAUAUGCAUUUCGUAUUUAUUUUCAUUGGGAGGGAGGAACAAGAUGGAGGGGAUUUAGAUUGCCAUGGUCUCGCAAUAUUAGUUUCCUCUUAUGAGUUGGCAGGUCCUCAGGCAGUUCUAGGAGAAGGUAUGUUAAUGGAUUAAACGGUACUUUACAAGUAGUCGUAUCAAGCACCAUUAUCUUUUUAUGUCCUAUAAGGGUUCAGCAAUUUUUGGGGUUUGGUAGUCAGCUUUUCCCAUUGUUUACGGGAGAUUGCACAUUGUAGGUCAGUUGACCAUUGGGUUGCUUGUUUCAAUUCAAAAUAUGGAGUAAAUGCCUACCAGUAAGCUAUAGCACACGGAGAUCAAUUUACAUUUAUAAGGCAAUUUUUGCUUCAUACCGAUAUCUUCCCAAUGUCCUCUGCUCCUUGUGCUUCUCUUGGUACGUGCUUCCUUAAAAAGGAAGGCGUUGUAGGUGUAAGUAUUGUGAUGUGUCUUUUAGUUUGUAUGUGGAUGAUAAGCCUGUUUUAGAUGCGUAAUCCCAUAGUCCCUCCAUGGUCUAGCAUGGAAUGUAGGCAGAUUGAAGUUGCUUUAGAGAGGGGGGUGGUGUGGGAUAGUUUAGUUCGGUUGAGGUCCCAGAUCUGGAUCGCUAGUUUCACUUGUGCAGGUGCAGAGUGGGUUUUUUUCAUUGGUAAUAUGAAAAAAGGGUGAGAGCAAUCCAGCUUGCAGGACCUGAGCAAUGGGUUUUGCAUAUAGGGCGAAAAUUUGUGUGAUGAUCUGUCUAGGAAACCCAUACAACAUCAGUGUCUGUGUCCGGAACGGCCAACCGAGGCAGUCAAGCGCUUUCUCUGCGUCUAGGGCCAGCAGGAGACAGCCCCGCCCGGCCACCAUGAAGUGUUCCAACACUAGUGACAGCUUUCGUGUAUUGUAUUGUCGAGUCCCCGUCUCCCCCUGACUAAGCCUGUUUGGUCAUCUUUAAUAACAGAGGGUUGAAUGGGGGUCAGCCUAUUGGCUAUUAUCUUGUCGUAGAUUUUGGCGUGUUGAAUAGGGAAAUAGGGCGGAAAUUCUUGCAUGUGUUAGGGGGCUGCCAUGGCUUGGGUAGUGUGACAACUGUAGCAAGGAGCAUCUCUGGUGGGAGAAAGCCCAUCUCAGUGGUUUUAUGAUAUACUGUUAGAUGAUGGGGUGCCAGUAUAUUAGCAAACUUUAUUAUAAUAAGAAUUUGACAGUCUGCCCGCCCCACGGCGAUUUGUUGGAUGGUAAUUUCUGAAUCACCUCUGUAAUUUUCAUCUAGGGUUAUGGGGUUAAGCAAAGUGUCAGUUUGGGGUUGGGUGAGCUGAGGGGAUUUAAAUUUCUCAAGGUAUUUUGAGAUAGAGUGACGUACCUGGCUCAGUUUCCAAAUUAUAGAGUUGUGAAUAGUAUUUUGCUAAUUCUUCGCUGAUCUGUCAGGGUCUAUCAGUUUGGUGCCUGCAUUGUCAUUAAGGUAAGCAAUUUUUGAGGCCAAGCUUUUGUUCCGGAGCCUAGCUUCUAGGAAACUAGAAGCUUUGCCUCUGUUGUGGUAGGAAUUGGCGCAAAGCUUAUGUAGGAAAAAUGUGGUCUUGGCAGGUUAGUUUGUCAUACAAUUGUUUAAGUUGUACAGCUAACUCCGGGGAUGGUUUUAAUUUGUUCUCUGUAGAUAUCAGGGCUAUUUGUAUGUAGCAGUCCUCUAGGGUAGUUUGGUGCUACCUUUUUAGAAAGGAGGAGCUUCUAAUAAACAGUCCUCGGACUGCUGCCUUGUGGGCUGACCAAAUCGUAUUGGUAGAGGUGGUGCCAUCAUUGUUUUCGGUAAAGUAGUUUCGGAGCUUGUCCCCAAUUGUGUUUGUAAAGGUUGCAUCUGAUAGGACUGACUCGUUAAGGCGCCAAGUACAUUUGCCCCGGGAAACUGGACUUUGGUCAGACCAUAAAAUUACUCCUAUGGCGCAUGUGGAAAGUUGACCCAAAGCUAUGCAAUCUAGAAUAAAAUGUGCCAAUGCAAGUGUAGGUAUUGUGUACCUGGGAAUGGAAUGUAUGAUCUUGCUCUGUGGGGUGCAAGGUUCUCCACCCAUCAUUAGGCCGUGGAGUGCUAGAGAGUAGUUAAACAUUUCUUUCUUUUACUUGUGGUGUCAGCUGUUGUGUCUUGUUGUAGGGACUGAAUAGAAUUAAAAUCCCCGCUUAUGAUAAGGCCUCCCUGUCUAUACAGGGAGUGCAGAAUUAUUAGGCAAAUGAGUAUUUUGACCACAUCAUCCUCUUUAUGCAUGUUGUCUUACUCCAAGCUGUAUAGGCUCGAAAGCCUACUACCAAUUAAGCAUAUUAGGUGAUGUGCAUCUCUGUAAUGAGAAGGGGUGUGGUCUAAUGACAUCAACACCCUAUAUCAGGUGUGCAUAAUUAUUAGGCAACUUCCUUUCCUUUGGCAAAAUGGGUCAAAAGAAGGACUUGACAGGCUCAGAAAAGUCAAAAAUAGUGAGAUAUCUUGCAGAGGGAUGCAGCACUCUUAAAAUUGCAAAGCUUCUGAAGCGUGAUCAUCGAACAAUCAAGCGUUUCAUUCAAAAUAGUCAACAGGGUCGCAAGAAGCGUGUGGAAAAACCAAGGCGCAAAAUAACUGCCCAUGAACUGAGAAAAGUCAAGCGUGCAGCUGCCACGAUGCCACUUGCCACCAGUUUGGCCAUAUUUCAGAGCUGCAACAUCACUGGAGUGCCCAAAAGCACAAGGUGUGCAAUACUCAGAGACAUGGCCAAGGUAAGAAAGGCUGAAAGACGACCACCACUGAACAAGACACACAAGCUGAAAUGUCAAGACUGGGCCAAGAAAUAUCUCAAGACUGAUUUUUCUAAGGUUUUAUGGACUGAUGAAAUGAGAGUGAGUCUUGAUGGGCCAGAUGGAUGGGCCCGUGGCUGGAUUGGUAAAGGGCAGAGAGCUCCAGUCCGACUCAGACGCCAGCAAGGUGGAGGUGGAGUACUGGUUUGGGCUGGUAUCAUCAAAGAUGAGCUUGUGGGGCCUUUUCGGGUUGAGGAUGGAGUCAAGCUCAACUCCCAGUCCUACUGCCAGUUCCUGGAAGACACCUUCUUCAAGCAGUGGUACAGGAAGAAGUCUGCAUCCUUCAAGAAAAACAUGAUUUUCAUGCAGGACAAUGCUCCAUCACACGCGUCCAAGUACUCCACAGCGUGGCUGGCAAGAAAGGGUAUAAAAGAAGAAAAUCUAAUGACAUGGCCUCCUUGUUCACCUGAUCUGAACCCCAUUGAGAACCUGUGGUCCAUCAUCAAAUGUGAGAUUUACAAGGAGGGAAAACAGUACACCUCUCUGAACAGUGUCUGGGAGGCUGUGGUUGCUGCUGCACGCAAUGUUGAUGGUGAACAGAUCAAAACACUGACAGAAUCCAUGGAUGGCAGGCUUUUGAGUGUCCUUGCAAAGAAAGGUGGCUAUAUUGGUCACUGAUUUGUUUUUGUUUUGUUUUUGAAUGUCAGAAAUGUAUAUUUGUGAAUGUUGAGAUGUUAUAUUGGUUUCACUGGUAAUAAUAAAUAAUUGAAAUGGGUAUAUAUUUGUUUUUUGUUAAGUUGCCUAAUAAUUAUGCACAGUAAUAGUCACCUGCACACACAGAUAUCCCCCUAACAUAGCUAUAACUAAAAACAAACUAAAAACUACUUCCAAAAAUAUUCAGCUUUGAUAUUAGUGAGUUUUUUGGGUUCAUUGAGAAGAUGGUUGUUGUUCAAUAAUAAAAUGAAUCCUCAAAAAUACAACUUGCCUAAUAAUUCUGCACUCCCUGUAUUCCUCGAUUUUGUGUAGCAGUGAACAUAGGAAGGUAUGUUGAUCGGAAAAUAGGCAGAGACUACCGUGUAUUGUAUAUUGUUAAACGUGCCUGCAAGUAUUCUAAAUCUGCCUCUGGGAUCUGUGAAUGUCCUCUGUGGGAUGAAGGCCACAUUCUUAUGGAUGAGGAUGCAUAACCCUUUUGUUUUAUUGUUAGAGAGAGCUUGGUACAGUAUUGGGUAGCGUUUUGUCGACAACCUGUGUUUUUAGAUCCUGAUACAGUAGUCUUCGCUUUCAUGGGGAAUUAAGCCUCUUAACAUUAGAAGAUACUAUCUUCAUAGUGGGGGGAGGGCAUAACUUUGAGUUGAGUUUGGAGGAGCCAUGGGGUUUCCAAAGCGUGACUCCUGUGGCGGACCUUGCCACCUAUUUUGUGUGUUUUACCCUCAUUUCGCGUGUCUUACCCUUUUUCUGUUUGGGAGUACUUAAUUUGAAUAAGAUUCAUUCGUUCCCCGAACGAGGACCACCCCUAGGCCCCAUUAGAUUGUCCACAACAGCAACUUAAGUGCGAAACCGCAAGGGAAGUAAUCAAUGAAUGCUACCCCUGGGUGGCCGCCAUUUCGUAUAACUGAACGCACGCGGUCGACAAAAGAAUGGCGGCCAUCUUGUCUCCCAAACGUGGGCAGCGGUACUUGGUCGUCGAGUGCCUGGAACUCUUUUCGGCUAGGCAGUCGCACGAACGCCGGUAAAACCUAGACCGCUGCCUCGUUCUACUUCCUCGUGGGCUCGUGUUUCUGCAUGCCCGUACUAUUUUCUCUUUGACAUGGAAAAAGUGUACCCUGGUAAUAACAUCUCGUGGUGUCGAUGUCAGUAGAUGUUUAGGUCUUGGAGCCUAUGGGCUCCAUCGAUUAGGAGCUGGUCGGGAUGUAUAACCGGUGUGAUUGCCUGGAACAUCUCCAAUACGUAAGAUUUCAGAUCUGAGUUGGAGACCGACUCUGGGAUGCCUCUAAGAUGGUGGUUGUUCCUAUGAGACAGGUCCUCUAUAUAUGCCAGCUUUAUCCUUUUGGCCUCCAAUAUGGCAUCCAGCUCUUGCAUCUUAUCUGCUAAGCUGCCAUGUGCUCCUGCAUAUUCAUUCAUCUUCUGUUCCAUAUGCAGUGUGUGCAGGCCAAUGUCCUUGAUUUCCUUCUGCAAUUCCAUGGUACAGGUAUGUAUUUGGCUUGUGAUGCUGUUUUGGAUUGAGGCUGAGAAUUUGGACAUCAUUGCCCGCAUGGCUGAUGCGGUCAGGGGCCGCUAGUCUAGCUAGGAGCUUGGUGAGAUUGUAAGUUAUACUGAGCUUUCCUUGGAGCGCGGGUCGCCGUAAUCUUGGCUAGGCGUAGGACCUUCCCUCGAUUUCAGUGCAUUUGCUUGCACCAUAAAUAAAAACUAAGCCUGAUCCGCUUUGGCAGCCUUGUUUUUUUUGUCUCUGGGACAUCCUGCAGGUAUGUGCUAGUUUGUGGGUCCAAUUCUGCUCAAUUUUUUUUUUUAUAGCUCACAGGAAUCACGGGAGCUUCAUGAGUGUGCGUUCAUGCGGCUCGAACUCCAGACCACGCCCAUAACGUGUUUUAAUUAAAUCUGCAGAGAAGUGCUGCAAUUAUCAGUUGGUCGCACAUACCUUCAGAUUGUUGUUUCCAAGUAGAUGUACACGUUCUCGUACAGAAUAUAUACAUUCCUAAUUAAUGUGUUCUAGCUGAGUGGUCUAUGUUGCAGCCUGUACAUCCACUGCACUGAUAAACAGCUAAAAAUAGCUUCAGCCCCCAUCUGUUUGUAUACUCUGCCACCAUGCUGUCUGCGUAGAUGGCACCUUUGAGCAGGUUAAUUGGAGCCUUGUAGCAUCUGUGAUUUAACUUGUGUGUGUGCUAGUCAAAUCCUAAUAAAUGUAUUAUUCAUUUCUAUAGAAUGGCCAUGCUUGGGUACCUGUGUCUUAAUAUGAAGACUGUUAAAUUCAGACAUGUUUCUCUUAUUUUAGUGUGCCCGUUUGCAUGUCAUGUUUCAUGCAAAGACAGCUCCCCGCAAGUCUGCCCUAUCCCAGCUGAACAAGCCAAACGGCCGCUUGGAGUUGAUGUACAGAGAGGGAUCGGAACGGCUUACAAGGGCUAUGUGAGGGUAAGUAGAUUUACUCAAUGAGGUUGGUGAGUUUUCACAAUAGUCAUAAUAAAAACAGAUGUUCUUCUGUGGAUCAUCAGGUUUUCCAGAGCAGUUGUGUUUUUUUUUUUUUUUAUUCUGGCAACAUGCAGAUUGCAAUCCCAAUGUUAUAAUAUUAUGGGUUGUAAGUUGCUGUUGGUUCUGAAAGUGAUCUGUAAAUUUAAAUUGCUCACCAUUCUUUUACUAUAUGUAUGAACUAAAACAUAACCUUACUGCGCUAGCCAUAUGUGUUUAAAAAAUAUUUAAAAUAUAUUUGACAGAUCCCGAAGCCAACAGGAGUGAAAAAAGGCUGGCAGAGAGCAUACGCUGUAGUCUGUGACUGUAAGCUAUUUUUGUAUGAUGUUCCAGAGGGAAAGUCUACGCAGCCUGGAGUGAUUGCAAGCCAAGUUGUGGAUCUUAGGUGUGUAUGUUCUCUGAUAUCGGUAAAGUAUUUUAAGUGGAUGUAAAGCUUUGUAUACAAUCACUUUUGUCAGUCACUUUUACAUGACAAAAUUAUUAGAAAACAGAUAAUGUGGCCAUAGUACCACCUUUGUUGACUGCCGUAGAAGCCCCGGGGAGAAGAAAAUGACAAAUGGUUUAGUAUAUUUGGUAUUCAGAGAUUGUCUCUGCCAUUGUAUUACUGUUAGCAUCCUGGUCCCACUGACACUCUGUUCAGAUAAGGAGUGCUAAUGUUAAAAAUAAUUCAACAGUGUGAUCUGUCCUUCGUGCUCACUUUAGUGAUUUGGCCCCCUUCUUCCUCUCACCCUUUCUGUUAUUCCCUCCAUCUUGCAGGAUUGGUCCUCAGCAUCAGCAACUAAAUGUAACCUCUGCCAUGUAUCUGACCUGCCUCCAAAUAUCCCCAAACCUUGGUCAGAUUCUAUGUCUACCCCAGUCAAUGUCCAGGUCACUAAACAAUUCAUAGACUCACAGAAACACCGGUCUGCUCUUGUUCUUUGGCAUUUAGUUAUUUUGAUCGUGCACAUCAGUCAUAGGUAUAAUAAACAAGUAUUUCUUGGCUGCUGACUGUGCUGCAAGCUGUAACGAGUUUGGAUCUAAAGCCGUCUGCGUAUAAAAUGUUAUUAAUGUGUGUUCUGUUUGGCAUGGGUUCCAUAUUCCACUAGCUAUAUCGCUCUUUACUAAACUUCUGAUAGGAUAAACCGGUUAUCCACAAGUUUUUGUCAAAAUACACCUCAGCUAAUGUAUAUACCUAAUUAUACAUGCACUGUUGCUUUUUUUUUCUCUCUAAUUUCAUGUGGUAUGCACACAUCUGUGAAUUGUCCCAAUACUGUGUAGGUAGGCGUCAUGGGAGCUUGCACUUGUUACUUGUAGUUCUCACUGGCAGCACAGCGGUAUACGUUAAUCUUAAACAUCCAAAUAUAUUUAUGUAUGAAUUUGUUAGACUUUUGGCUGUCUCAAUAUAUAGAAGAAAUGUUCUGGCUAACACUAGCUCUUACUUUCAAUAUGCAUAAAGUGGAGUGGCACUCGCUAAGCAAUUUCCAUCCGUCGUGUCUCCAGACCAGGGCGGACCAUUCCCAACAUAUCAAGAAUCAUGAAGAUUUUACUGGAAAACCCUGCGUUUCGUCUCCCAUAGGAGCCUUUAUCAAACUAAAACAAACAUAGAGUGAAUUCCUUUAAAUAGCCAAUCACUUAAAGGACCACUAUAGGCACCCAGACCACUUCAGCUUAAUGAAUUGGUCUGGGUGCCAGGUCCAUCUAGGAUUAACCCUUUCUGCUGUAAACAUAGCAGUUUUUUUACCUAUGGGUUAAUCCAGCCUCUAGUGGCUGUCUCAUUGACAGCCGCUAGAGGCGCUUCCAGCUUCUCACUGUGAUUUUCACAGUGAGUAGACGCCAGUGUCCAUAGGAAAGCAUUGAGAAUGCUUUCCUAUGGACUGGCUGAAUGCGCGCGGCUCUUGCCGCGCAUUCAGCUGAUGACUGGAAAGGAGGCGGAGAGUCCCCACCGCCGAGGGAGCCCGGCGGUGGAGAAGAGGUAUGUGUUUAACCCCUUCCUCACCCUAGAGCCCAGCAGGAGGAAGACCCUAAGUGUGGGGGUACCUAAAGACCCUAUAGUGCCAGGAAAACGAGAGUGUUUUUCUGGCACUAUAGUGGUCCUUUAACCCCUUCAGGACGGAGUCAAUAGUGCAUGUUCUGAUCAAAACAUAAACAAAAACUGGAAUUUGCGCUAUAUGUCUGUUCAACUGUAAUUCACCGCUGUCACAUUAAGUCACCCACACUUAUUAUAUAUCAUUUUAUUCAGGAGAAACAGGGCUUUACUUUAUCAUUAACUAUUUAUAUAUGGAACAUAAUUUAUUAUGAAUAAAAUUUAAAAAAAUGUGAGAAAGUAAGAUUUUUUUAUUUGAGUUUCCGUCUAACAUUUUAGCUGUGAAUGUCAUAAUACUGUUAUGUUUUACUGCCACAGGCUGCUCACUGUUUAGUGGACAUGCCCCUACUUGCGGUAUAGCGCGUAGGGGCAUUGGAGAGAUUUUAAUCUCCCUUGUGCUAUUAUGGGGGUCAUAUUGACCCCGAUAGAGUGAGGGGGGACCUGGGGCUUAUGAAGUGGUGGGGAGCACUGCUCCCUGCCGCUUCUAUCUUUACAUAUUACAAGGACGGAGCAGAGUGCCGGUAGCUCCCUCCUUGUAAUAAACUGAACAAACAAACAAACACUGAUACAUAGUGUUUGUUUGUUCGGCUGAUAUUUCUAUUCACUCAUUCGUCUGUCUGAUGAAUGAAUGAAUAGAUGAAAUUCACGUUCGCAUGUCCAGGUGUUUCACUGGGCAUGUGCGGGAAUCUCACAGCGCCAUCUAGUGUGGGCAGAUGACGUGUCCCAGAGGGACUUCAUAUACCCACACAAAGAUGGUGGCGCCCUGAAUAAAGAUCGGGGCAGAAAAUAAGGAAUAAAAAAUAAGUAAUGUGGGGGGCUUAGGGGCAUUUGGGGGUGACUAGGGUGUGUGUUAGAUGUAGUGGAGGCCGGAGGGGGGUUAAAAAAAACAAAAAACAGGAUUUGGCAUGACAGUGGUUUUUGGAAAGUUACAGGGUCAAAUAUAGAACGUUCCAUUUUCAAAUUGAAAUUUGCCAGAUUAGUAAUGUUACCUUUGAGACCGUGUGGUAGCCCAGGAAUGAGAAUUACCCCCAUAAGGUCAUACCAUUUGAAAAAGUAUUGAAAGUGGGGCAUGUUUAGUCUUUUUAGUAGCCACUUAGUCACAAACACUGGCCAAAGUUAGCGUUCAUAUUUGUUUUUGUGUGAAAAAAGCAAAAAACUAAUAUUUGGCCAGUAUUUGUGACUAAGUGGCUACUAAAAAUGACUGGAGAUACCCCAUUUGCAAUACUUUGGGUUGGGUUGUCUGGUUUUGCAAAUGGUAUGCCAUCAUGGGGGUAAUUCUCAUUCCUGGGCUACCAUACGCUCUCAAAGACAACAUAACCAAUCUGGCAAAUUUCAAUGUAAAAAAAAUGAAAUGCAACUCUUAUAUGUGACUCUAACCUUCCAAAACACCAUAAAACCUGUACAUGGAGGGUACUGUUAUUCUCGGGAGACUUCACUAAACACAAAUAUUAGUGUUUUAAAACGGUAAAAUAUAUUACAACAAUAAUAUAGUCCAUAAAAGUGCCGUUCGUUAUUAAAAAAUGCAAAACUUGUCACUUUUACUUAAAAUAUCAUCGUUGUAAUACAAUUUACCAGUUUGAAACACUAAUAUUUGAGUUCAGCAAAGUCUACUGAGUAAAACAGUACCCCCUAUGUACAGGUUUUAUGGUGUCUUGGAGAGUUACAGGGUCAAAUAUAGUGCUUGCGAAUUAAAUUCUCUGCACUUUCUCCCUGUGUUGUCAGGCAUGUAAAUCAAAUUUGAAUGAAUCAAAUCACAUAAUUAUGUUAAAAGAUUACUUAAAUACACAUGUAGAAUUUUAAUAUAUAUGCAUUUAAAAUUCUAAUAUAUAUGCAUUAAAUUCUACGUGUGUACUAAUGUACUUUUAUGUAAUUAUAUGUAUAUAUAUAUAUAUAUAUAUAUAUAUAUAUAUAUAUAUAUAUAUAUAUAUAUAUAUAUAUAUAUAUAUAUAUAUGAAUAACAAAAUACAGUUAGAAUAAAAUUACAUAUGAAUAUAUAAUUUAUAUAAAAUUUUGUUUCAAUAUUUUAUUGUCAGGCAGCCCUCCAGAAGAGGAUUGCGGCGGAGGGGAGUACCGCGGACCUCCAGGGGCUCAAAGCCGUUACGGCGUUCUAUGCCGCCGCAACGGCUUUAAAGCCCACUUAAUGCGGGACGGCAUAGAACGCGUUAACGGGUUAAAGGGACACUGUAGUCACCAGAACUUGUAAAGCCUAUUGCAGUUCUUCUGGUGUGUAUAGUAUGUCCCUGCGGGCUUUUUAAUGUAAACACUGUCUUUUCAGAGAAAAAGCAGUGCUUACAUUAUUGCCUAGUAGCACCUCUAGUGGCAGUCACUCAGCCUCUAUGGGCUUUGCAUGGAGACGCUGAACUUUCACCAUAAAGAUGCAUUGAUUCAAUGGAUCUAUUUGAGAAAAUGCCGAAUUGCACAGAUCAGUGUGUUGCUCACAUGAACAAUAGCCUCCCAAUGCGUUCCUAUGGGAAAGCAUUGGAUGGCCUGAGAUCAUCAACUUUGACUAUCUCAGCCAUGGAGGUGGAGCCAGUUGAAGAAAGACCGUCGCGGUGUGCUAGAAAAAGUGAGUUUUAAUUAACACAUUUUUAGAGUGAUUGAAGGGGGGUGGGGGGGGACAGAGCAGUUACAUAAGUAGUCAGUUUAAGACGAUAGUGUCAGGAAGACAUGUUUGGGUUCCUGAAGCUAUAUUGUUCCUUUAUUGUGCCGAGUGCAAAUCAAUAGUUGCAUUAUGACAUCUUGCAGUGAAAUACAAAAAUAUCAUCAUAUCUUGUGCAAGUAAUAUAACAUUGCUCUUCUAUUUAUUAAAAUAUUUCCCAUAUUAUCAAUCUGUUUAGUAAAUGCCACAUUGUUACAUUAAUGCUUUUUCCCAUAAGUUUACUUAAUUUUCACCUUGCACACAUUACUGUCUGUGAUUGUGCGUUAAGUAGCUGGCAAUCUGUUACAGAGCUCUUCUUAAUCCAUUGUAUUGAUAUCCACUAGAUUCCCCCACUGUGUGCUCAGUGAUUGCUAGUUUGUCUGUAGAUACCAAACCAAUAGCUGUUGUGACCUUUUCAAUGUUCUACUUUAUUUAUUUUUAAAUGUAUUACUAAUUCAGUAGGUGUCAAAACCUAACUCCUUAUUAUCUGUUAACUAAUAUUUACUCCCAUUCUUCUCUUCGUUAAUCAGAGAUGAAGAAUUUUCUGUGAGCUCUGUCUUGGCAUCCGAUGUGAUACACGCCACACGCAAGGACAUUCCAUGCAUAUUUCGAGUAAGCCUUGUACAGAAGUGUUUUCUACUUGAAUGAUCAAUGAUGAAAUCAAAUUAGCAAUAAAGUCAGUUUAUAAAAGUGUUGAGAAAUAUUGUCAUAACAGGGGAACCAUACAAUUAAGGAUAUAUGUAUGUAGGGGUUAGUGGGGUAGUGGGAAUGAACAAUUAUUGAUAAAAGCAUAAAUACGUCAAAUAUAAUCGUAAAAUCCAAAUGGGUUAAAGUGGGGAAAAAUUGUGAUUGAAUACCCCUUGCCCCGGAAGUCUGUGGAUAGUUAAUACAAUGUUAAACAAAAAUCUGCACAUCAGUCAAGCCAUAAGACUUGCUUCUUUGUUAAAUUAAUAAGAAUGUGAUUGUUUAACUAAUUUGCAUAUACCCACCCAGAAUCCUUUGCGGAAGUAACAUCACUGCAGAUUUGUGAUUUCUGUGGGAAAAGCAAGUCUUAUGGCUUGACUGGUGUGCAGAUUUUUGUUUAACAUUGUAUUAAUUAUCAAAUAUAAUAUAUAUGUAUAUGUUGUACCCAAAAUAGCACCCGUUUUUCUUUUUCUAAACCUCUCUGGUUAUGAACCCUGGAUUAAACAGAAAUGAAAGGUACAUGUGAUAAAUGGCAAUCACCCAUGUCAGAUGGUCUGUAGCAUUAUCUUCAAUCACAAUUAUACAGAUAACCAGCCACUCAUUUUAUUUUUACUGUACCUUUACGGCAUAACACCAGUACAGUGUUUUAGCUCUCUGUAGCCUUUCUGAAUAAAGGUGCCUUAAUACAAUCAAUGCAUGUCUGCCAUUCCCUAUAUGUUGGAUAUAGAUUUCAAUGCUGCAGAUUUAAAAUCCAAGCGUCUGAUAGCAGCUUAGGCUUGGUGCAAUUAUACUUGUGUUUUUUUGCUGUCUAAAGGUUUUCUUAUUGGCUGUAUAGGUGACAGCCUCUUUUCUAGGUUCGCCUAAGACCACAAGCUCUUUAUUGAUCCUAACGGAGAAUGAAGUUGAGAAGCGGAAGUGGGUUGGUAUCUUGGAAGGCCUGCAGUCUAUCUUACAAAAGAACAAUCUUAAAAACCAGGUGGUGCAUUGUCCACAGGAAGCAUAUGACAGCACCCUGCCCCUUAUUAAAGCAGCAUCGGCUGCCGCUAUUGUAGGUAUGAACGUCCUUAUCUGAUCAUCUGUGAACCAUCUUUUAAUUGCAUGUAAUAUACUGCUGUUUAUAUUUGUGAUCUGUGAUCUAUUUGUGAUCUGAUGUUUGUUCAGCAUUGUAAACAUUCGAUUUGUAAUUUAAUGUGAUUAACGAUUCACUGUCUUCUCCAACCUAGAUAAAGAUCGAAUAGCUGUUGGCACAGAAGAGGGACUGUAUGUAAUAGAGGUGACGAGAGAUGGUAUGUUAACUUUGAUUUACUAAGUCGUUUAUAAAAUAAUUUAUUGCAUCUUGGGAAAUAGUAUCAAACUUGUAAUAGCUGUUUGUUAGAAUAAUUGUUAAUGAUUUAUGAAUAACAUGUAUUUUGUUAAUUGCUUAGUUGACCUGGAAAACCAGAGAUUUUCCCAACAUCUCUUUUCUGAGCAUAAGAUGUUUGGUAUGUGUUGAGUGAUAAUUUGGAUUCCACGGCAAUUGUUACUUGUAGUUCACACUGGCAGCACAGCGGUAUAAGUUAGUCUCAUACAUACCUUCCAUUUCUGUGUUUCCUUGCUAUGGAGCUUGUGGUGCUCAAAUACACAGAAUGUAGAGUGCGGUCUUAAUCCUUUAGCUCUUUUAAAUAAAUUACAGACAGUGUAGCUCAUGGAGUUGCCUAAAAAUUCACUAUGAUACUGUCAGCUAAAUGAUGCUCACAGCUACACCACCCUCAAAUAAUUGUUCCUUGUUCAUUUUAAAUGUUGGGAGAUAUGACCAUGUUAAAAAAAAAAAAAAAAAGAUACAAGGGCAAAUAAAACGUGUUAAAUGCACUGUCAGUGUAUGCAAGCACGUUUUUUUAAUAUAUAUAUAUAUAUUGUUCUAGCAGUAUUAGUGGUAUAUGUAUAACUAGAUGCUACAGCCUGUUUAAUUGGAAGACUGCCUUUUAAUGUGAAGUAGAUGUGUAGUAACUGAUAACCUGAUCUGUUGUUGCAGUCAUUGUUCGAGCAGCUGACUGUAAAAAGGUCUACCAGAUCGAACUAGUCCCAAAAGAGAAGAUUGUUGUUCUUGUGUGUGGUCGUAACCAUCACGUUCAUCUGUUCCCUUGGACCUUGUUGGAUGGCUCGGAGGGCACCUUUGACAUCAAGCUACCAGAAUCCAAAGGCUGCCAGUUCAUUACCACUGGAACCAUAAAGAAAUCGCCCACUUCUUGCUUGUUUGUGGCUGUCAAAAGGCAGAUCCUUUGUUAUGAAAUCCACAGAACUAAACCAUUCCAUAAGAAGUUUAAUGAGAUCUUGGCUCCAGGAAAUGUACAGUGGUUGUCUGUAUUUAAAGACCGGCUUUGCGUUGGAUACCAGUCUGGGUUUUCUCUGUUAAACAUUCAUGGAGAUGGACAAGGCAUACAUCUUGUAAACUCGAACGAUCCCUCCCUUAGCUUCCUGUCCCAGCAGUCCUUCGAUGCCCUGUGUGCGGUGGAGAUAAGCAACAAUGAGUACCUGCUUUGCUUUAGCCAAAUGGGAAUAUAUGUGGAUUCUCAAGGUCGAAGGUCACGCUUGCAGGAGCUAAUGUGGCCCACCACACCAGUUGCAUGCAGUAUGUAUACAUGUCUCAUCACUGUGCAGACUGUAGUCUCCUGUAUUAGAAUUUAACACAAAUGUUCAUGAAACUAAUGUUUUAUAGGCAAGUCUUUAUGCUGUUGGUGUUUUGGUCUGUUUCACUCCUGAAAAAUACCAGGGAGGAAAACAUUUGCUUUAACAAGCAUGUAGUUGUAAUGUGCUGUUAAAAUGAAAGUUAUUUGUAACACGUGGCUGAAUGCAUAAUCCACUGUAAACAAUCUAGCACUCAAAGCACCAUAACUAGUUCAGCACUCUGUAGUGGUUAUGGUGGCUGGAGUGCACUGGCGCCCUCUCAUUGUAAAUAGUACAAUUGUUUGCUGCUCCCUGCUUGCACUUCUUCAGAUCACGGUCAGACAACGAGCUAUGCUCUCCACUACUGGGCUUAACUCAGACGCCCUCAGCCAAUCGGCUAAACCCAAAGGUACUCAGGAAAGCUAAUAAAGGUCCUGUUUUGGAGCUCCCAGCUUGCUGUUGGUAGUGGAGGUGGGCCACAGCACUCAGCAGACUCCUGCUAAGAAGUCAGACUGUUCUAAAACAGUGCGUUGUAGUGUUCCUUUAACAAUAUUACUGGACAGCCUUCUUAUGUUGCAUGGUUGUACAUGCUGGUUUAUACUUUCAUGGUCCAAAUGUGUGAUGUAGUCCUUUAUUUUUAAUUUCUCUGGUGUUUCUAUGUAGCUUUAAAAGAUCCAUAGCUUUUUUUUUUUUUACGUAUAUAUUUUAUCAGACGUGCAAAAAUUACGUCUGGCUGGUUGGUCCGACUCAAAUUUCUUUUAAUUCACACCCAAACAAAUCAAUUAACCCAGGAUUAUUCAUUGAGUAAGACUUCACAGGUAAAUACCAGACGGAUUGAUUUGUUCGGGUGUGGAUUCAAAGAAUUUCAGUUGGAGGAACCAGCUGGAAUUUUUGCACAAAUCUAGUUAUUAUUUUGUAAUACAGAAUGCAGUUGGUUCUAAUUGCAUGUUAGUAGGAGAAUAAAAUAGUGUACGUGGUGUUAGAUUGGCAACCCACUGUUCAAAUGGAAAAUUAGCUCAGAGUAUAAAGGAACACAAACUUGCAUACCUGACCCUAUAGUGUUAAAAACAUAUGUAGGAUCCCUGAACCCCCCCUUAAAUAAUAAGAAAAUCUGUCUUAUUUCCAGCGCCAUGCUGGUCAGCUGGCGCUGGCCCCGCCCCAUCUGCCUCCUUGGCUGGCAUAAUCAGAAAUGACAAUCUCAGACAAUCACAAUGCUUUCUAAUAGAAAAGCAUUGGAUUGACUGAGAUUGUCAAUUCUGAUGAUCUCAGCCAAGGGGGCGGGGCUGAACGCCACUCUAGCAAAUCACCUUCUCCUCAUAGAGAUGCAUUGAGUCAAUGCAUCUCUUUAGGGAGCGUUAAGCUUCUCCAUGCAGAGACAAAGCAUAGUUUAUAUUUAAAAGGCUGCAGGGACUUGCUAUACUCUCCAGAACAACUACAUUAAGCUGUAGUUCUGAUGACUAUAAUGUCCCUUUAAGUGAAAUAUCAUUAACGUUAAGGAAUUUUUUCAGAACAUUAUAAGAUGAUUUAUUUCCAUUGUCAGAGGGGUCUCUACUGCACAGGAGAAGUCAAAGCUGCUACAGUAAGCAACUUACUGUUUGCAUUUGUCCCAGUGUCUAUGGAUUGUGAGAUGGUCGUGUCUCAAUCCAGGGGAUAAGAGCCUCUGCAUACCUGAUUAUUAAAAUUAUUUUUAGAUCUUUAAUUACAGUUCCAAAGGGCAUCACUAGAAUUUUAUUCCUUUAACUCCUUCAGGAACUAGAACACAAUAAGAAUAAUAAGGUGCCUAUCCGUGUUCCUGACAUGGUUAAAGUAGUAUUAAGUGUAUAAUGUGCAGUUCCAUUCACAUUCAGGCUGUCAUGUGACUGGGUAUCCUUGUUCAGCCACAUGUUGGAAUUAAAGGACCACUAUAGGCACCCAGACCACUUCAGCUUAAUGAAGUGGUCUGGGUGCCAGGUCCAUCUAGAGUUAACCCUGCCUGCUUUAAACAUAGCAGUUUCAGAGAAACUGCUAUGUUUAUAAUAGGGUUAAUCCAGCCUCUAGUGGCUGUCUCAUUGACAGCCGCUAGAGGCACUUCCGUGCUUCUCACUGUGAUUUUCACAGUGAGAAGACGCCAGCGUCGAUAGGAAAGCAUUGUGAAUGCUUUCCUAUUAGACUGGCUGAAUGCGCGCGCGGCUCGUGCCGCGCAUGCGCAUUCAGCCGAGGAGGAGGAGAGCUCCCAGCCCGGCGCUGGAGAAAGUAGUAAGUUUAACCCCUUCCUCACCCUAGAGCCCGGCGGGAGGAGGACCCUGAUGGUGGGGGCACCCUCAGGGCACUAUAGUGCCAGGAAAACAAGUGUUUUCCUGGCACUAUAGUGGUCCUUUAAAUAUCCCUUUAACUAUUUACAAACCUGAAUUGUGGCAAUAGAUACCUGUUGUCACUGGGAAUAUCUUGCAUCCCUGGUAUAUCUGCCAUUAUUUACUGAUCACAUUACAGCACUAAGCGUUUUUUUUCUGGGCAUAAAAGCCGAAAUCUCCCUGCAGUUAAACUGAAUGAGCAAUACUGAAAUUACUAUUUUUACUGUUUAAAGCAAAGUUUACCUACCCCAUAAUCAAUAAAUGCAUUGCUCGUCAGUCAGGGUUAAAGCAUUGUUAGCUCUGCGUAGGCAGCUGGCACGCUGUGACCGUACUUUGGGUCAUCCCUCUCACAAUUUCAAAAGCACGUUAACAUGUGAAUAAGACUUAUUUACAGGUUUUUGGUUUUUUCCCUCACAGGUUGUAACUCCUCUUAUGUAACCGUGUACAGUGAAUAUGGUAUAGACGUGUUUGACGUGUCCACCAUGGAAUGGGUUCAGACAAUUGGAUUACGACGGGUAAUUUGAAGACGCCAAAAAAAUAUAUCAUAAUUCACACAUUUUCUGUUGGCUUUUUCAAUACUAAUUUUUUAUUUUUUAACUACAGAUUAAGCCAUUAAAUGUGGAUGGUACUCUGAACUUCUUGAAUUCUGAGCCGCCUCGUCUUCUUUAUUUGAAGAGUUCAUAUUCAGGUGUGUGUUCUCAGAAUGUGCACGGCAAUGACAAUACUAUAGCACAGAUAAUUUGCAAUUUCUCCAUCUCCGUUCCGUUUUUUAAGUUAUUAGCUUCUACCACUGGCCACGUGGACAUUCCGUGUGGCUCUGAGCAGGUGUAGAUUCCAAAACAUGAUGGCUCAAGUUAUACUAUUAAUAUCAUUCCUCUGAGGAAUUUGGACAGAGGCAGAUCAUUUCCACCAAAAUCUAUUAAAACAGGACUGUCACAUUAAGUAUGAAUGGGUCCUGUUGUAGUAAUAAUAAUUAUAUGUUGUCAUUUUUCAGAGGGUGCAAUGCUCACUGUACCAGAGACAUCUGAUAACAGCAAAAAACAGAUGGUUAGGACCAGGAGUAAGAGGAGAUUUGUCUUCAAAGUGCCCGAAGAGGAGCGGUUACUGCAAAGGAGGUAAAACUUUUUUUUUAUUUUUUUUUUUUAUUGAAUUGCAUUAAUUAGAAGAUCAUUUUAACAGGUUGAGGUCAUUGAGGGUCAUUUAUUUAGUUUUAUGUAUUUCUCUUUAUAAACAGGAUGCUAAGCAAGCCUUCCCUUGCUACCAAUUAAAGGGAAAACAAUUUACCUCUUUCAUUUGCUAUUUUAUAUAGCAUCUAAAUAAUGCACUGUCUAUAUGCGACAAAUAAUUCCAAAAUACUGAAUGGCUAACAACACAUUUUGUUUGUUUCAGGGAAAUGCUUAGAGAUCCUGAACUUAGAUCUAGAAUGAUUUCUAAUCCCACCAAUUUCAACCACGUUGCCCACAUGGGGCCCGGAGAUGGGAUGCAAGUCCUCAUGGAUCUUCCACUGGUAAAUGGCCUUCUUUAAAACUGGAAAAGAUUAAAGACAUGUUUGAGCACUGGUUCUAAAUGAACUUCUUUCUUUUCUACUAUAUCCAUAGUUACUUGGUCACUGUCCAUUUCUCUUCUUUCCUGUAAAAAUAACAGAGUGAAUUUGCUUCCCUCUCAUCCUCCCGCAACUCCGCUUUGAUAUCACCUCCGGCAAACUUUGAACACGUCUAUCAUAUGAGUUCUGUCUCUGCAGACAUCUUCCUUGAAAAUGGCCAAGACCUCUCUCUAUCCUCCUCUUCCUGUCUUUCUUCCACUGUCUUAGCAAGGGUAGGAAUAGCCAUUUAAAAUGGCUUAUUGAAUGGUGUGCUGUGGUUUGUUGGAAGCACGGAAACUAAUCACAUUGCCUUAAAGCUUGUUAACAAAGAGUAACUUUUCUGUAGUGGUUUUGGUUUCUUUCACCAUUUUCACAGUAUCGUACAGAUGUUUGGAGUUCAUGUUUUUAAAAGGAAUGCAGCGUCACAGAUGACGACUUUUGUGCCUUUUUAAAAAUUGUGUUAUUUAAGAUUAUCUUGUUCAGGAAUCCAUGUUUGUCUGUUGACCCAUUUCGCCUCUACGAGUCUCGUUUGUGGCCUGCACUUCACCACACAUAGAGCCGCAAUGUCAGCAUCCUUCAUUCAGUCAGUCAGGUCCUUUAACAAUCUCACUCAUUGAGAACAAAUUGCUUGAAAUGCUGCUCCAUAAUACUAGACAUUAUCAUUAUUUGUAUAAAUUUGACGUUUUCUCGUUUGUUUUACAUUUGUUUUUUUUGGGGGGGGUUUGUGGCAAUAAGUUGAAUGUAAUUACGGGUUGACACCCAUAAAUACAUAUUGGAAUAUCAAAGGAGAGGCGAGUAAGUGGUCUUCAGUGAAUAGAUCUAAUUUGCCAGGUAGUGGAACAGGAGUGCAGCUUGUGGCUGAAGAUAUGUGAUGGUGUUAGAGAUAGACAGAGCCAAACCACAGCCGCGUAUGCACAGAAAGAUUGUCAAUACGGUGCUUGUUAUAGACCAUGCUAUCAGGUUACACUAUACAGGGCUGCUUAUAAUGAAAAUACCAAACCUUGGACGUCUUAGUAAUGUCAUAUAGCCUUUAGAUAUAGCCAUUUGUAUUUCCAUGAAUACCAAACACCCUUUUAGAGGACAUUUCUGUGUGUAUGCUAUGAACUGGACACCGGAGUCUUAACUAACAUUUCAGAGAGAGAAAUUGUUUGCUUUUUAGAAAAGAAGGGGGGGGGGGGAAAAAGUUUACUUUUUAAGUAUUUACAUCAAAUGCAUGAAUGUCAUCUGAUGCUAAAGUCUCUUAGAAUGCAACUAGUAUGCAGGGAACUAUGGGAACUGAUGCCCAAUCUGUAAGGCUGCCAGGAAGAUGGUGAUUAUAUGUAUCUUGCAGUCGGGUGGAAUGGGUUUAUGACUCCUUUUCCUGCACCCUUCACUGCAGUAAGUGCGUCCGCAUUUACUGAGAUGAAGAAAAGAGGAACUGCCACCAAAACAGUCAAAGUAAUGAAGCAUGAGCGUAGCGAUAUUUUGGGAGAGCUGUCAGGGAGGCUGGGCUGAGGGGCAGAAUUUGUUAGAUAAUAGAAUUGUUUGUUUCCAGCAUGGUCUCCAGCGGCAGUUUGCUUUAACUCUGUAUGUGCAACACAGCACAUACAGAGCCCAAGUACCAUCACCACUUCAAAACACUACAGUGGUUGGAGAAAUUCUUUAAGCAUGCCUGCUGCUGUUCAUUUUAAUUUGGCCCAUAAUUUAGAGCUAAUUUCUCCUAUGUCUGCUAUGAUGUGAAAUACCAAGUGUUCGUAGUUAUAAGGUUGUGGUUAUUCCUGGCAAGGUUCAAUACAAGCAGCUGUUUUAACCCUCUCUCUCUCGCUCUCAUAUAACAAGUUGCAUCUUUUUAUUUGCAAUAUUUUUGUUUGUUUAUUACUUUUUGUCUCUGUAGUACUUCAUCCAAACCUGGUCCUUGUUUCAUUUCUAACUUUGUGUGAUUGCCUUGUUGCGGAGCAUACUGUAUUUUUCCAAUGUUACUUGUGCAAAAUGUUCUAUUGAAGAUUAGUUUUCAGUUUAUGUUUCUCAAUAUUUUUGGUGUUAUGUAUUUUAGAAUGUCCAGUAACGUCAGCCGUGUGUGUUCUAUACAUUCUGACUGAUGAAACAAUUUCUGAUUUUCAAGCACGUUGGUUUGUUAAAUGCAUGUAGUGACAACUUUAGCUUUUAUAUCGGCUACUAGUGUUCAAAUUACUACCACCCACUCAGCGGUGUUGGUAUGUGGGAUGAAGUAGCUAUUUUUGGUAUUUUUAUGGGGGGUGCAUAUUUGUUCUCCUGUCGUCAUACAAGAAGCUAGAAUUUUUCAGCCUGUACAAAUAUGUGUAGAGCAUGUGCACACCACAAUGGGCCUUGCUAAUUGUGACAGGUUAGAUUUGGGGGAGCCAACAGAAGCAUCACUAACACAUGCUGAACUACAUGUGCUCUGCUAAACAGAGGAUUAUGGGAUAAAGCAGCCGUUGCAAACAAUGGGAGUACAAACCCCAUUUUGUUUUUUUUUGUUUUUUUGGUUGGUAGAUGCAGAUUAACAUUCUAGUCGGAGGGUGGCAAAACUUCAGUGAUGGUGGCAAGGCCAUCACAAUAACCUCCCAGCAUGCACUGAAUCAUGUCAUGGUUACAUGUGCAAUGGUAGGGGAAGACGGUGAUUAUAUUAUUUUAUCUUUAAAUUUGACAGAGGUUUUUGCCAGCACAGCAUUUCCCAAUCUGUUCCUUUUUGGAUCACAGAAAGGUUAAUGGAGAGAAAAUGGUCCUAGUGACACUUAUUUGAUUCUUUCAUUCGCUGCAUAUAAACACAUUUUGUGUCUGCAUUGCCUUGUGAGGGAUUAUGUGUUCAAGCUAAACCGAUUUAUUUGUUUAAAUUGUUGCCAGAUGAGGACCUCCAUUUUAAUGUAGACACUUACUGGGGGAAAAUGCACAUUUAAAGACUGCAUUCAGCUUAUUACAGGAGUUAAAGUGUUUAUGGCCGAGUUUCAGGUGACUUCAGGUACACCAGUCCAAAAAUCACUGGAUUAUCAAUUAAAUAUAUACCUACCUGAGGACCUUGGCAAUCAUAUUGUGAGUGGAAGAAUCUGAAUCCUAUUAAAGUGGAACCGUAACUUAUAGGGUUUUUUUCACAACCAAGUAACUAAACUAAAAAUUGACUAUGGGGUUGUGUGUUUUUUUGUUUUUUGUUUUUUUUUUUCUUGGGUCUCGUUAUAUAUUUUCUUUGAUUACUUCUAUAUAUUUCCAUAUACUUGGCUGUAUCUUGUGGGCACUGCACCGUGAACGGAAUGCUUGAUCGCGCAAGUGCUUCAUGGAAACUUAAAUGAACAUGUCUUCGUGUGCCCUUAUGUGCUCAGAGCAUCAUGGGCUACUAUACACUCUGUACUUCCUUCCACUCUGUUGGAAGAACGAUCUGUCUCUGUUGGGAAAUGUGAUAUUUCCCCCUUAAGACUCUUACUGUAACGCUCUGCCUUAUGUCUUCAUCCGAUGACUUUCUAGUGCAGAGGUAGGCAACCUUCGGUACUUCAGAUGUUGUGGAAUACAUGACACAUAAUGCUGAACCAGCAUUAUGGCUGUAAAAGCAUUGAGAGUUGUAGUCCACAACAUCUGACCUACCUCUAUUCUAGUGCAAUAUCAGAUUACUGGCUGUCUCCUAAUGUGGUCACAGAACAAUUUAUUUUUCCUGGUAGAUGUAAAUCUGUGUGCACUCAGCUAAUCCAACUUUAUCUGAUGUUCUUUAUAAGGGUCGUUUUAAUCUCUCAGGAUAGUUUGUUCAUCACAUAUUCAAAUUUACUCUCAAAGUUUUGCAGAACUCUAAACUUUUACGGAGAGUAGAUUGAAAUGCAUUGUGCAAAGCCUGCAGUGACUUUAUAUUCUGGUUUUUUACAGAGCAUUGUGCCACCAUCUCAGGAUGAAAUCCCAAAGGAAAGGACACGACCUUCGUCAACCAAUCUUGCUCGGCAACAGCAACAAAGGAGUAAACCCUAUGUAUCUCGGCCCUCUUCAGGUAAUUCCAAAAACCAGUGAUCUGACUUUCGCUAAGUUUUGUUAACAUCAAAUGCAGUUUUCUGAUUUGAAAAGAACUGUGUAACCAUUUUGUGCAAAUAUUUUAUUUUGAUUAAAUCAGAGUACACACAGUAAGAAUAUAGACCGUGCAUGAGAUGUAGAAUGACAUGUGAAUUAUGAAUUGUUUGUAUUUUUUACCCUAAGGUGCUGGUGAAUUGUCCUCAAGGAUUAUUGGCGAUGCCGACCAGGACAUGGAAAGAGAGGUAUGAUAUCUUCCAAAUGUAUCUAUUAAAGUUAUAAAAAAAAAAAAGUUAUUAGCUCAGGGUUCUUAAACAUUGUUACCCUGCAGUUUUUGGACCCCAGUUCCCCUAAUUAUGGAAAAGAAGAGUCCAGCACCAGAGGUUGAUGUAAGAUUUUCUAGAGAUUAUUUUAAAGGAACAAUCCCACCCAUAUAGCAACUUCCGCUCAUAGAACUAGCACAUGAUGUUUCUCUCAUUGGGUGGCCAGUGAUAGGCUUUUAACGCAUUGGCUCAUGCUCUCAGCCUUUCACUAUGUGCCUGGCUAAUCCUUCCUCAUGCCGCGGAGACAGUGGUGUUAGAAAAAGCUGAAGGUAAGUAAGUGGGAGUGUUCCUUCCAACCUCUCUGGCAGCUAAAUGAUCAGGGUUAUUCACGAUAGUAAAUUUCAAGUUUAAGGCCAGUGAGGCUGACAUAGUAUUUACGACUUCUGCAACUUUUACCAUAAAUUUGAAAUUCACCUUGAGUAAAUGCUUUCACGUUGCUCUUACCUAGAACUUGUGACCCAGGAAAAGACAUUUCUGCAUGGCAAAGUGUACAAAGCAUGCUACACCAUGACAAUGUAAUCUUAUUUUAUUUACAGCCGGAUUCCGAUUCCACAAAACAUUCCACCCCGUCUAACAGUUCGAACCCAAGUGGUCCACCGAGUCCCAACUCCCCACAUAGAAAUCAGCUAACAUUGGAUGGUAUGGACCAGUCAGCAUGCGAUGCAUAGCAUUCCGCACCGUGGGGACUUCAUGUCGCGAGGUCCCACUUCUGACACAGAAGGAGGCAUUUGUUCCAGAAGAUCGUGCCAAGAUAAGAAAUCUCUAGUGUUGCACAAAUCAACCCCCCAUCUUGUAGAUACAUUUAAAAAAGAAAAAAAAAAAAGGGUUUAAUAUAUGUGAUCAAGCUUUUAUAUGCAAAAGAAUUCACUGUUUCUAAUAUCAUUUGUUUGUUUUACACCCGAGUGACAAAAUAGGAUUUUUCUUUUUGUUUGUUUUUAAAUUUUACAUCACCCUUCCUGUGAUGCUGCUAGCUCUGUGGGAGAGAAAGAGGCUGCUACCGUUACUGCUAAACAGCAUCCGAUAUACAAAGUCUCAUUAGGAAAAUGACGCAGACUCUUCUAAAGGAAAUUUAUUACGGAAGAAUUUGAGGUCUUGCAUAGGACUCUAGCACUGGCUUUAUGUGCACAACUGUCUUUUUAACCAAGAGACAAUUUAUUCUAACCACGGAGCUAACGUAUUAAGAGCAAAUCUGGGGUAACUUGCAGGAUGUGCCAAUGGCGUCUAUGGUGAUUGCUACAUACACAAAACACAACCAUCCCAGAAUUGCUAUUUCUACUUGGCUUCCAUAGUAUUAAUUCUCUUUUAUACUAGGGUGAUUAAUCAGCCUGCUUCUCUCCAGCCGCUGAUAAACAUUUGCUCCCAGUUUCAUGUGAUCCUGUGAGUUGUGCAAGUAUACACAGUUGAAAAGGAAAAAAAGGCUAUGUUCGCCUUCGCUAUUAUAGAAUGCAUUUUCGCGCAAGAGCUGGUUUGUGCUGCAGCUUUGUGGGUUUUAAAGGUAUAAACGUAAAUCCGGUCCAUUUAAAAAAAAUAUAUAAAAUUAUUAUAGUUGCACAAAGUUUGCAGAAAAACAAAACAAAAGUAUUAACAAAUCAGUAUUUUAACGAAGAACAGACUUUUUCGUAAUGAUAAAAGGAGGUUAAACUUUUUUUGGUGUCUAUCAUAUAAAAACAGCAUCAUGGCUGUUGUUUACCCCAUUAGCUUUUAUCUUUUAAUAAAAUUGUGAAUGUGAUAUAAACAGUUGAUCCUCUAUCCUAAAUGACUGUGCAGCUCUGUUCUUGAGUAUAGCAGGCUAACUACAGUGAAUUCAGUUUGUUUAAAUGUCCCCUGUAGUUGGGUCUUUACAGUUUUCUAACUUUUUUGGAGUGCAAAUUAAGUGCCCCCUGUGAACAAGUCGUGACAGGGGUUUGCAUCUGCUCCAAUUAUGUUAAAUUUUAGGAACACAGGGUGUUUAGUUUGAGUACCUGAGGCACAGAGAUUGGCGUUCAACGUGUUGCUAUGACACUCGGCCAGCCAUAAAAUCAAACCUUGUGUCAUAAGCCAUUGCACGUGUACUGCUGUUUUAUACCAACCACUGCCAUUGUGGUGUAUUCAUGUCAUCUAGACACUUCAAUUGUUUAAUAAGUUGUCCAAACUGACCUGUGGUUUUAGCCUCCAGCUACCCACCAAUACUUUCCCACCUCUGAGUCCGCUAUUACCUCUGAACUAAUGUACGUAGCCUUUUAUUUUCGAUUGUCAUCAAGAAAACACUACAUUUUAUUUUAUAGAAUAUCCAAUAUUUUAGGAAACUUUGGUCACUGUGAAGACACUCUUUAUUUAUCUAGAUGUACUUCAGAAACAAAAGUAAAAGAAAGGAAUUUCUAUCAUCAUCAUUUGAGCCAUCAAAAUGUUUUACCACCAAAGUGGUUCUUUAAUUCUUUCACUUGCAGAAAAAGCUGAAAUUAUUAUCUGGCCACUCUCGCAUCAAAAUGGGUUAAACAUAUGUAUAUGUGCUGCUUUAUAAUAAAAAAAAAAAAAAAAAAAGUACGAAAAAACUAACAAAAAAUAGUUUUUCCACAUUUCUCCGUGGUUGGAAAAGUAACUCUGACAAAUUGUAUGUACGCUUUGCAUGAGAACCACGUGAUUUUACCUGUUCGAUUAUGUAAAAGUAAAAUUCUCAUUACACAUGUAUAUUUUGUUUCUGUCCAUACAACUGUGUGGCUCUGUGUGUAUAUUUAAUCUCACGCUUCCAUGUCUUACAGAUUUGGAUUUUUUUUUUUUAUUUGGCUGGCAUAUCCAUUGUCACUAGGGUGCCUUUUUGUGCCAAUUACAUGACAUUUGGAUUGUCACUAGCUUAAAUUUGGACUUAUUGGGCUAAUGAUGUAUACCAAUGGCUAACUGUUCCUUUCUGAAACACUGUAUAGGACUUGCACUUAUUUUUAGUUGAGACAAGUGAUAUAGUCUUUUUUUUUUUUGUCCCCUUUUUCUGUUGUGUGAGUGCUCUUCAAAUUUAAUGAAAAGGCUUUGUUGGGACGACACACUACUGCCUAUGGGGUUUAUGAUUUAUACGUUUUUUGUUUUGUUUAAAAGUCGUCUCUGUAAUUAUAAAUUGUAAGAUUUCUUUUUUUAUUUUAUUUUAAAAAAAAUUUAUUAAACAAGUGACCUGUUAAUAAGUCAGCAAAGGGCAGUUUUGAAGUUCAUUCUGGUCUGUUUUCACAAAUUAAAACAUUUUACAUGAAUGCAAAAUUGUCCUUUGGUUGCGGUCAAAUUAUUUCAUAAAUGUGGAUUAAGACUAUACAUACACAUCUCAUUUGUGAAAUACUGUUCUAGAAAAUUAAUAAAAUGAACACUUGCAACAUCUCUACUUUUUUGGAAUAUUUAAAUGACUCCAUCAGCUUAUAUUAAUAGGCUACGGUUGGACACCUAUACUAGAAACAAACUUUGGAGGGGCACGGUAGGUCACCCUGCUGUUCAAGCCUACAAGAUUAUACAUAAUAAAAUGGUUAAUCGGUUUUGAGCAUAUGUUUAAAUCUACCUGCCUUGGAACUCAUUUACAGAUCAAUUCUUGAACCAGUGAUCAAAACAUACAAAUCAGUGUAUGAACAUUUGAAUGUUGCUAAACAAUUUUAAUUGAUGCCUCCAACAAUGGUAAGGGGAUCCACGAAGCAAAAAUUUCUUCAAAUCUGCUAAACGUUUUAAAACAAAUGAUCUUCAUAAGUUCUGUAGCUUUCUAUGUUUUGACUUGUGGAUAGAUAAAGUGUCAUCAUUCUUGUAUUCUACUUCUUGUCCU